ACACUUUAUUCAAGGUUUGUUCUCUGUCGUCUAUCCUGAUUGUACAAUUUGCCUCCAAAUACUUCAUUAUACCUUUACUUCCCCCCGGAAAUGUAAACAGGAAUUUUACACACUGUGAUAUAAUGUAUAGAUAUUUUACAAAAUUCUCUUUCAUAAGAUUUAAAUGUCACCAAUGUUACUUGAUGUGGUUACUUUCCAUGUGAUAUCGUGAGCUAUGUGCUGUUGGUGGACACAGACAUUGGUUAUUGAUUAUAGAUUGCAGGAUUUUGUAACGUGUGUUUUUCUCUCCACGUGUGAUAUAUUAAUGGACUGAAUGCCUCUUUCUGUCCGUGUGUGAGCGUUCUAACAAGGCGUUAUACAGAAUGAUUGAUCCACCAUCGGCGCAGUAUAACGAGUGACACUGUAUAUAAAACCAGAAAGCUCCCCUUUUUAUUAAUUGAGACUUAAAAAACGCCUACAAACAAACACAGAACUGCUGAACCUGUUGUUUACUAAGGUGAGAUUUGUCAGGAAUGCAAAGCAAUUCAUGAUUAUUCGCUAAAGUGUGAAUUCCUGGGUUUCAAAGUGAAUUUCAGAUUUUUGUCUAAAACCAAACUAAGUGGGAAGGAUCUCAGAGUCCGCUUUAUCUCCUGUUUGGCCAAUUUGGGCUUUAAAUUUACUAUAAACUCUGAAUUCCCAGCAAUUCACAUUAACCCUGCGUGAGGCUUUCACUAUGAACUAGUGCGUUCUAGUGAACUGUAAACCAAAUUCUGAAGUUUGGGCCGAAUAGCCAAGCCGGAUUCUAAUUGGGGAUUUUUAUUUUUCCCCCAAAUGAGAUGUUGGCUUUAAUUUGAUCUAAACUCCAUGCAUUCACCAUGUGUCAUGGGUAGUGAUGGACGAACCUCCCACAGACCCCGCUCAGGAUAUUGGUUUGGGGCCCCCAUUCAUAUAAAGCUUGUAUAUGAGACCAUGGGGAUGAGACCCCUAUCUAACCUCUGGGCCCUAGGCAGCUGCCAAUGGUCACCUUCUGGGCAAUCCUUCUCUGCCCAUGGGUGUGUGACAGGACAGUUUCACCUGCAGUUGGAUCUGUAAUCCCUGUUUACUUGGGGGAGAAUUCCCCUCCGGUAACGAAUCAGAUCACUGACCUCUGAUGUCAUCCUGUAGAUGCGUGCAUUCACUUGUCUCAUGGGCAGUGAUGGACGAAUAUCCCACAGACCCCGGUUAGGAUAUCUGUUUGCAUUGACUGAGGACUCUCUUUAGUUGUCUGUCCUGCUGCGGCACUGCCCGCUGAUCCCUUAGACCAGGGGUUCUCAACCCAGUCCUCAGGACCCCCUACCAGUCCAGGAUUUGGGGAUUACCUGGGUGUGUCUCAGGUGUUUAGAAAAAGGGGAAAAAAGGGGGUCCUGAGGACUAACGUUGAGAACCCCUGCCUUAGACCAUUGCAGACGGUUUGCCAAUGGUUCUAUCUGGUAAAGUGGUUGUGGUACUGGGCCCCUACAUAACCUAGGUGUCUGCAAAGCUCCCUUUUCUCCUCCAGUCUGGUAGGAAGUCUCAUUCACACGAACAUACAGUAAUCAUAAUAUUUUACAAUGUAUUGUAAUGGGAUAUUUAUUUAAAUGCCACUUCUUGAGAAAUUUUUUAUAUUUAAUUUUUUUUUUUCUCUAGUUUUUAAUUUAAAUUUAAACAGAGUGAAGAAAAAUGUCAGAAGCUGGAUCCGCAACCAAACGUCACAAUCCGGUGGACAGCAUCUGCCGUAAAAUCAAGACCAUUCAAAUGCGCGAUCAAGAUUCCAAUCCCAACCUGCAGAUUCCCAAAUUUCAGUCCAGGAACUUUGAUAGUCCACAGUCCAGUACAAAGAAGAACCUAGAGGAGGUUCUGAAAAACCGGACUGUAAAGAACACGGAUCGAGACCUGGUUCUCUUCUCCAGCCCAAACUAUGGACUUUCUCCAGAUGUAAGGGUCGCCUCGCCUUGUGUCCGACCCAUCCCGGACAGCGAUUCUCCUCUGGGCAAUGCCACGUAUUCCAUCAAUAUGGCAUCUAAGGAAAAAUUUACCAGGGUCUGGCCAUCGGCCCGUACACAAAGCUGCUCUACACCAAUGGUCUUUCCCAGGGAACUGUCCUUCAAGUAUCCCCAGUCUGUUCUUCCUGUUUCCGAGUGUAGGAAUCUCCUAAUGGAUGACCGGAUAAUUCCUUCCACACACAGUUUUUAUUUAGCUGAUCGGAAAUCUGAAACUGUCCCUCUCCAGUCUCCUGUGGUAAAGAGACUAUCCAUGAGUGAAGCAGGUAAAGACCCGGCACCCGAUAUUUCAGCUGAUAAGAGUGUAUUUUUAUCAUUUUAAACUAAUUUUACUGUAUACCCCAAAUUUUACCAGAAUGCUGCUGUGUCUCUGUGAAAAGCGAUGUUUAACCCCUUAAGGACACAUGACAUGUCAUGAUUCCCUUUUAUUCCAGAAGUUUGGUCCUUAAGGGGUUAAAGGUUUUGAUGUAAAACAAACCUCCUAUCUCUGUAUUUAGUGUGCAUGUUGGCUUUGUAAUAUCUUUGUGGUGAAACCAACCAACUGGAGACUGUCGCUACCAUCAAGGUGCUCCCCGGGUGAGGAGGAGGACAUCACUAAGGGAACAAUCUGUGUAGUGAAAAUAACUCUGCUCCCAUGUUCUCCUGGAUCCAUAAAUGAUGUGACAUGCAGGGCCCAUGAUUGGCAGUAAUUCAGUAACUUGCACAUGCUUAGUUUUGUCCUGUUUUUUUUUAUUAAUAAACUUGUACUGUUGAUUUUUUUUUGUGGAUUUUCUCCCUAAAACUCUGGACACCAGAAAAAUAACCCAAAACCGCAGUAAAUGUGUAUAAAAUGGGUAUUGUCCUCUGUAUGUGGGAUAGUGGGUUGAUACGGCUAUCUGGUGAAGUAUGGUGGAAUAUGUCUCUCCACCCUCCCCUGCCCGAGCUGUACAUUGUCUGAAUAUCGCUAGCACCUAAAAUGACUGUAUACCUUUUUAAAGGCCAAUCCGAGAAUAGACCCAUUAAAUAAUCUUUUAUUAAAAAUACCUCUGUGUUCUCUAAUGUAUUGCAGGCCUGAGGAGAGUGGCAGAAAACAAAAUGGAGGCGACGUCUGAAGUGAGCUUAAUCUGCGAGGAGGAUCUACUAAACAGCAUAUUCUACGCGUGUGACACGGAUCACCGAGGUUGGGAAUCAGACUUAAUGGUGUGAAUUGAGGUGAAACGUGUACAGAGCCAUCUGUAUUGUGUGAAAUCGCCGGUAUUCCAAAUGUUCAGUUAUCACUCAAGUAGGAAUUCAAGUGAAUUCAGAUUUUAAUGAAUUGGGAAAACCCCCAAAACAACUGUUUCCAGUUACUCUAAAUUGGCCUAAAAUGUAAAAAUCCCUCGGAAUUCAACAAUUUACACCAUAGUGAAUAAACCAGAUAAUCGUAAAGAAAAGUGAGAAUAAUCCCCCCUCCAGUCAGGAAAUGUUACUAAACUAGAAAAGCUACAAUUUCUGGGGAAAUUGUGUGAAGUGUUCUUGCCUCCACCAGUAGUCUACAACUGGAGUGGGCGGAGUAACUGUUAUCAUUUAUAUAGCACAUUGAAUUGCAACGUUAUUGCACAGUUACAUUAAACCAUACAUUUAUAAAAACAUUAGCAAGUGUUCAAAAGGCCCUCUCUAUGACAUCACUUGCUGCUGCAGCCUGGCACAGGUCAGAGUAUUUUUUAUAAAUCCUACAGCGAAGAGCUUUAUAUUGUGAGAAUCACAAGACCCAGACCUACAUUUUGAUGCAUAGUAUGUCUCUGAAGUAAUAAAAUUGAAGGCACAGUCGCAGUUUAGAAAUUGCACUUCAAAUUUGAGCUUUGUAGAGUGAAGUUUCAAUGAAUAUCAAUGGACGGCGUUAGUUGCAAACAAAUGAUUAUAUUGUGAAAACUAUCAGGACUAUGGCUUAGCCGUUGACAUGUUUAGUGGCAGCAGGGAUAGCUGAACGUUUUAAGAUUUGUGUAGGUGGGCCUGAAAAUAAGGGAGUGGAGGCAGUUUAGAAAUCAUGUCCUGAUUUUUCAGCUUCAAAUUUGAGCUUUGCAGAGUGAAGUUUCAAUGAAUGUCAAUGGACGGCAUUCGUUGCAAUCAAAUGAUUAUAUUGUGAAAACUAUCAGGACUAUGGCUUAGCCGUUGACAUGUUUAGUGGCAGCAGGGAUAGCUGAACGUUUUGAUAUAAGAUUUGUGUACGUGGGCCUGAAAAUAAGGGAGUGGAGGCAGUUUAGAAAUCAUGUCCUGAUUUUUCAGCUUUUGCCAGCUCCUACUCUAGCUUUGCCAUUCAUUCCUAUGGGACCAGAGGGCGUACUAUUACGCCCUCUAAUAGGCGGCUCUAAACGCCGCCGGGCGUAAUAGUACGCCCUCCGGUCUUUCGGUACUUACCCGGUCGCCGGCGGUCCCACGCCGGCGAUCGCGGUGGGGGGGGACUCCCAGGGAGCCCCCCGCGGCACGUCCGUCCUCCAGGAAGCCCCCCGGCCGUGUGAGAGUGGGGUCCUAGCGAGGACCCCACAAUCACAUGGCCGGGGAUAGCUGGCUUCUGCAUUGCCAGCAGGGGGGCUGCCUGCUGGCUGAAAAUAAAAUUAAAACAAAUUAAAUGGUGUAAAAAAAAAAAAAAAUUAUAUAUACUUAGAUCAUAUAUAAUAGAUGUGUUAUUUCGUUCUAACUGUAUUGUGAAAUUAAUAUAUAUAUUUAUAUAUAUAUAUAUAUAUAUAUAUAUAUAUAUAUAUAUAUAUAUAUAUAUAAUCAAAAUACAAGAACAAAAUAAUAUAUAUAUCUAUAUACAUAAAGAUAUACGUAUAUAUCACUAUAUAUACCUAUAUAUAAAUAAAAAUAUUUUUUUAAAAUUAUAUAGAUAUAUACACAUACAUAUAUAUAUUUAUUUAUGUAUUAUUUUUACAUAAUUGGGUAUCUUAAUUAAUUACAAUUAGCAGGACCUGCCUGACAACCCAUGCUGAAAGUAAAGGGAAUUUAAUUUGCUAGCACUAUAUUUAACCCUAUAACUUUCCGAGACACCAUAAAACCUGUACAUGGGGGGUACUGUUCUACUCGGGAGACUUCGCUGAACACAAAUAUUAGUGUUUCAAAACAGUAAAAUGUAUUACAACGAUGAUAUCGCCAGUAAAAGUGAAGUUUUUUGCAUUUUUCACGCACAAACAGCAUUACACGGACAAUAUUAUUGCUGUGAUACUUUUUACUGUUUUGAAACACAAAUAUUUGUGUUCAGCGAAGUCUCCCGAGUACAACAGUACCCCUCAUGUACAGGUUUUAUGGUGUUUUCAAAAGUUACAGCGUCAAAUAUAAGGCUUGUGUUUCAUUUUUUUCACAUUAAAAUUCGCCAGAUUGGUUACAUUGCCUUUGAGACCCUAUGGUAGCCCAAGAAUGAAAAUUACCCCUAUGAUGGCAUACCAUUUGCAAUAGUAGACAACCCAAGGUAUUGCAAACAGGGUAUGUCCAGUCUUUUUUAGUAGCCACUUAGUCACAAACACUGGCCAAAAUUGGCGUUUUUUGCAUUUUUCCACACAAACAAAUACUAGCGCUAACUUUGGCCAGUGUUUGUGACCAAAUGGCUACUAAAAAAGACUGGACAUACCCCAUUUGCAAUACCUUGGGUUGUCUACUAUUGCAAAUGGUAUGCCAUUAUGGGUGUAAAUUUCAUUCCCGGGCUACUAUACAGUCUCAAAGGCAACGUAACCAAUCUGGCAAAUUUCAAAUGUAACGUGCUAUAUUUGACCCUGUAACUUCCCAAAAUGCCAUAAAACCUGUACAUAGGGGGUACUGUCUUACACGUGAGACUUUACUGAAUACAAAUAUGUGUAUUUUAUUGCAGUUAAAGCAAACAGUAUUAUGAAACUGACCGUUAAAAUGUCAUGUAGAACUAAAAAAAUCAAACAAAAUCGUAUUUUCUCCCAUUUUUUUCAUAUUAAAUUGUUUCAUAGCUAAAUAUUUGAUAUUAAAUGAAAGCCCUGUUUCCCCUGAAUAAAAUGAUAUAUAAUAAGGGUGGGUGCAUUUACUAUGAAAGAGGUGUAUUACGGUUGGACAGACAUGUACCGCAAAUGCCAGGAUUUGUUUACAUUUUGUUUUGUUAACAAUGUGUACAUUUGGCUCCAUCCUUAAGGGGUUAAACCAUACAUUUAUAAAAACAUUAGCAGGUGUUUAAAAGGCCCUGUCUAUGACAUCACUUGCUGCUGCAGCCCUACACAGGUCAGAGUAUUUUGGCGGUUGCCAUCUUCAAACGGUCGUAUUUUAAAAACUAUAAAUCCUACGGCAAAGAGCUUUAUAUUGUGGGAAUCACAAGACCCAGACCUACAUUGUGAUGCAUAGUAUGUCUCUGAAGUAUUAAAAUUGAAGGCACAGUCGCAGUUUAGAAAUUGCACUUCAAAUUUGAGCUUUGUAGAGUGAAGUUUCAAUGAAUGUCAAUGAACGGCGUUAGUUGCAAACAAAUGAUUAUAUUGUGAAAACUAUCAGGACUAUGGCUUAGCCGUUGACAUGUUUAGUGGCAGCAGGGAUAGCUGAACGUUUUGAUAUAAGAUUUGUGUACGUGGGCCUGAAAAUAAGGGAGUGGAGGCAGUUUAGAAAUCCUGUCCUGAUUUUUCAGCUUUUGCCAGCUCCCACUCUAGCUUUGCCAUUCAUUCCUAUGGGACAAAUUUCGCCACAAGAAUGACGAUAUUCCGUGAACCAUUCGGCAAAACGUUCCACAAAGUUAUAGCAAUCCGAUCGGGAACAAUCUGCACGUUUUGGUAAAUUUUUGUCUAUGUAGUGUAAAAACUGUGGGAGGAGUUAGGGUGGCAAAUUUGGCUAUAAUAAGAAUAAUAUAUAUGUGAGAUAACAUUAAGUGGUCUUGCUAUGCAAGAACACUUAAUAAUGUAUAUGUGAGAUAACCUUAAGUGGUCUUGCUAUGCGAGAACACUUAAUAAAAACCUAAUCUAAUAUGUAAUAUUAAAAUGAUGUUCACAGGUUAAUGCACUAAACGGAAUUCAAAGAGAAUUUCAUAUUUAAGGUCAAAAUAUCAAAAUCGGACAAUAUUUUUUAACUCUGCUACACUCCCAGUUCGGCAAGUUUAGCCCAGAAUGUAAAAUUCCCUUUAAAUCCUCCCUUUGGUAAAUAACGCUGUUAUUGUAUAUUAAUAGAAAAUUUAAUGCAGAGGGAGAAUGGGGCAUAUUUAAUGAUCUGAGUUAAUAUAUGUCGGUAGUUUACGGAUGCUGGGGUAAACUUGGUUUUUAGUUGACUGUUGGUAUUGAAACCUGUUAUGUAGGCUGCUUGGGCCCCCUGGAAAAUGAAAAAAUUGAUUUAUAUAGUGAUCUAAAACAAACGCAUACAUGUAUUAUUGUCAUGCGUACAUAUAAGUAAAUACUGCUCAGCGAGUCUCCUGGCUUACCCUUGCUCUGUGUAACCAGGUAAGGUGGCUGUAUCGAAGAUCGUGGACUACCUGCGUCACACCACGAGUCGUGGCUCUGAGGACAGUGGGCUGGACGAGCUGUGCAACAUGCUGGAUCCUGAACGUCAGGACAUUUCCAUGGACCUGGACACGUAUCAUGCCAUCAUGAAGGAAUGGAUUGAUGAUUGCAGGAAUAACGGGUAAAACAAGCUGCUCUUCUAAACCCCAAUACACAGACCCGAUAUUUGGGGUCCCCGGCUGGUAGUGGUGAUGGGUGUCCCCCAUAGGGCCAUUUCACCAAUACUGUAUAAUCAAUACUUAGCUAGCAUUCUAUAUUUAUGGUUCUGCUUUAGGAUAAUGUUGUAACUACAGGGAGCGUUCAGGAUGCUCUGUGAUGUAGCUGGAGUUUUCAGGAAUAAACGGCUUCCUCUCCAGAUCUCGGAACCGGUGGCUUUCUGGCCUUGUGACACGUUCACCUCUGUUUAACCAAAAUCUCUGCCAAAUGCUAAAAUACAAGCCCAGUUCAAAUGAAUAGAAACUCCAUUUAAUAAUAUUUAACAUUCUGCAUUUCAUUUCCUCUUUAACCUACUUGCCUAUCACGAUUCAGGGGACUUGGCGUCUCGACGUUGUGAGACUUUCUAAAAUUUGUCUGACAACUUUGCAUAAAUGGAUUCACUGAAGCAGUAAAUAUUUAUUGCCCGAUACAUCUUGCUAUAAACCUGGUUCCCCUGGUUCCCAAGCUGCACUAUUUAGCGGUCCGUAGUGUGACGGGUUAAACCAUGUCCUCAUUUUGCUCCUCUUCUAGCGCUGAUAAUAAAACGAAAGAUUCCGUCCCAGGAUUGGAAGACUCCAUGUUGAAACUGCGUGAAGGUUUAAUGGCAGGUAUAAAUAUGAAUCUAUAAAUUUGAAUACAUGAAAUAUUCUCUGUAUUUGAUUUUAUAUUGCUUCUUGUGUGCAAUUCCAGUGCGACGGAUCUCUGGAACCCUGAAUGUUACUUCGGGAAGCUUGGAGGCGUUCGGAGGAGACGUAUCCAGAGGCGAUCUGUAAGUUUGUUAUUCAGCUCCACCCCUAGCGCUCAGUCUGCGUUCAGUAACAUCUUUCAAUUCAUGUCUAACUUGUUAAUGUACAUGAUCCAGCAGUUAUGGAUCGUUGGACCAUUAAUUAUAGAUUCCAUUUUCUAUCUUUUUUCAAACAUAUUGACAGUUGAAGUUACGUGAGAUUUUAGGAAUCCGUUCUUUUUCCUUCUUUUGGAUAUUUUUUUGAGAUUUUAUGAUGACUUCUUUGUAUUCCAAUUCCCCUAAAGCUACAUAUAAAAUGCAGUCAGCUGAACACUCUGUCAAUCAUCUGCAUCCCUACCCGGUGGCAGUCCGCGAUUCAUGAAAAUUCAGAAGCCCGGUGCCGCCGGGGGAAAGUUGGCAUCGCUGUUGGUGACAACUUUGUGUUUAAACUGUUCCAGAGCAGUUUACUCCCUUGAUGUAAGUGUGUCUUCAGGGGCCUCUUGGCACUAUAACAACAUUUAUAUUAAAUUGUUUUGGUGCCUGGACUGACCCUUUAAGCAAUGAUAGGGAAAAAUAAGGCAGUUGCCUCAGCAAUUCCAAUGCAUUUCUACUUGAGUUUAUGAAGAGGUUUUGAUUUUCUGUUUACGUAUCACUUUCUAAUUAUACUGUGAUCUGUAUAGAUAAUGUUUGCUGUAGUUGAUUAACUGUUUUUCUUCGCAACACGCCCUCGAAUGUUUUGUUUUCCCUAAAAUCUUGCCUGUAAUGUAAUUUUCCUCCAUUAGAGGGCAGACUGCAUUGCAAACUUUAUAAUUCUUCUACUACUACUGGGAAGGGGGGGGGAAUAGUGGCUGUAUUACUCUUGCUAAAUGGAUAUAAAACACGAAAACUAACACAAAAGGGGGAAAGAUACAUUUUAUGGACCUCAAUAGCUUUGAACCUUUCUUUGAAAAGUGUUCUGUUACUUUUUAAUUUUUUAUCUUUCCUCUCCAUCCCGCUAACUUGCUUUUAUUUUUAAGCAAAUUGAUAAUUCUGAGAAGGAUGGCAGAAUUUAUUUAGGGACACUGUAGUCACCCAGACAAUCUCAUUGAAGUGGUCUUGCCCCGUCCCACUUAGUCCUGCAAUGAAAAACUUUGCAGGUUUUGAGAAAUUGCCAUAGUUACUUUGCAGGAAUAAGACCGCCUUCAGUGAUUGUCUAUCAGAGUUGCUCUGGGUUCCCAGUGGUUGGAGACAUUGAAGGCUAUCGGAUGUUUGGGUGAGGCAGCAAUGUUGCACCAAAGCUGCUAAAGUGUGUAUGAUGUAUACAAAACAAAACACUCUAUUCCACCACGUGGCAGCUUGAGCGAUCUGUGGGUCCACACUAUGCGUUAAUGCAGCUGAACUGAAUGGGAUACGGAUGGGUGGACCGUCGGGAGAGGUUGCCUUGGCACUCAGAUGGUUGGACUGACGCCAGAGGCUCCCCUUGGCGGGUGGACUGACGCCAGAGGCUCCCCUUGGCGGGUGGACUGACGCCAGAGGCUCCCCUUGGCGGGUGGACUGACGCCAGAGGCUCCCCUUGGCGGGUGGACUGACGCCAGAGGCUCCCCUUGGCGGGUGGACUGACACCAGAGGCCCCCUUGUUCUUCUUGUGAUUGUUAUAUCUGAAUAUAGUACAAGAAAGUGUCCUCUCCUUUUCACAGGGAGACUUCGGACCUCAUAACAUGUGUUGCAGAUCUGCAAUACAACAAUCAGAAACUACAGGAGCAGCAUCAUAAGAUGAAGACCACAAUUGAAGCCUUGGAAGAGACCAAUCACAGACUAGUGGAGGAGAAUGAAGAAUUGCGCAGUCAAUGGAAGAGGUAACAGACACUUAUCACACUUCGGUACCUCUGUAUUCUCUCUAGAUUUGUGUUUGGGAUGGGGGGGUGAGUGUAUAUACCUAAAUAUUCUGCUUUCUAAGUUUGUGUUAUUAAUUUUACUAAUCUGACUUUGUUUAUGGUGUGUUUCAGCGUCCAGCAGUCGAUUACCCGGGUGAGAUCCUUGAAAGACGAGUUGGAGGAAAUGAAAAUCAGUAUGAGCACCUCGGAGGAGAAGAAGGCGCAGAUGGCGUUUCAGAACAAGCAGCUGGUAAGCUUUUUCUCACACCUUGUUCUCCUCGGGGUGAUCUUCAAACACUGCCUCUGCAUCUAGUGAGCAAAAAUACCAUGAAAGCUAUUCACUAAAGACAGAAUUGUUGGAAUUUGAAAGUGAAUUUUUAAAUUUAGGUCAAAAUGGGCGAUCCAUAAACCACAGACUUAAACAUGCUGAGUUUUGCUAAUGUGGCCUAAAGUUCAAAUUCCCUCAAUUCAAAUGACUACUGACCCAUAUCCAACCUGCCACCGUUACCCCAAUAACAAUCUGGACACCUGUUAAAGUGGCACUAUCAUGGCCGCAUUUUAUUUUUUAAGCCUGUUUGGCUUGUCUUGGUAUGGGUAAUAGAUAAGACGUAGUGGUCUUGGUUUUUGUUUAGGUGUUUCUUUUGUUUUGAAUAAGUUUAUUGGUGCAUAUGACGCAGGGGAGACAAAUGGAUCAUAAUAAGCUUUCGAUAUAGACUUGUAUCACAGAGUGCACUUUAUAUCAAAUGAGAACAGUCAAAGCCUAAUAAGGCAGAAAGGUUAAAUUAUGUGAACACAGGUAACAUAACUAAGGUUAAGCAAAUGUCAUAUCGCAUAUCCAUUCCAACAGUAGCUAGAAGGGAUCGUUCUCUGCAUCUUAUUUUGCGGUCAGCAUAUGGUAUCAAUACAAUGUUUAGCUAACUCUGAACCGAGGUAUUUGUACUGUUGUCUACGCUGAAUUGUAACGGGUCCAGUUAAAUAAUGUUUUAUGUCUAUUCUCAACUUUAUUUGAUUAAGCAAUACGCAGCAACCCAUUAGUGAGUCCCCUUAUGCUGGCAGGAUGGGAUUAAACUAUGGUAUAACACAAGGGCUCAUCGUUAGAAAAUCAGAGAAAUGGUUGGUAUUUCACUCUGAGAUGUUAACAUGACAUUCUAUGAUUAGAUAAUGGGGGAUUAGGGGCUUAAUUGGUUGCUGUAUAGCUUCCUCUCCCCGCGUUUAACCGGGUAGUAUGUUGUAAGUCUUUAAUUCGUGCCCUCCGGUAAGAGGUGAUCGAUGUCCCUAAGAUUGGACCCACAAAAUCCGUUCGUGCGUGAUUACAAACACAUCUAGAAAAUAAGCAAUGAACGGUUAAACUGUACGCAGGUUGUUCCUUAACAUUGGGUGUUAUGAUGGGGGUAUGGACCUCCUGCUUUAGAGCUACGGAACCUUACAUUUAUAAAUUAUAAACUAUGUAUGCAAUAAAGAUGGGUGCAUAUAACAUAAAAAAAAAAAAAAAAGGGGUAAAUGAUGACAUUAAGGGACCAAUACUGGACUUGGAAGAAGUCUGAUGUGGGCCUCACCCGGCAAAGCCGCAUUACGUCUCUUAGGUCGCCAAGCCUCCAGCCGUCUUCCCCACACCGGCUCCCGCCCACCGUCAGAGCCCCCCGUGGCGCUGUGGGCACUCAGGAGCAGAAACUGUCCACUUGACCCCCACACCUUGAGUCCGCGGGCAGUCCACUCCCUGCACCUCCCCAUCGCCACCCAGAGCUCAGUGAAACGAGUGCCGGCCACAUACUUGGGACCAGCUCGCACUCCUCCCGGCCACGGGUCCGCCGGACGGACUGCGAAGACCUGCCCCACAGGGCUCUCCGCUUCGGGGACAAUGCUUUCCGGGGACCUCCAACCCAGUAGCAAGGGCACCCACCUCUCCAGCGGGCGGGCAGUCAGUGUGGGUGACCCAUCUGGCGGUCAGCAGUGCCAAAGUCCUCACGGACCGUCCUGAUCAGCUCCUCUUGGUGAGUAUUUAUCAUUCUUGCUCCAUCUUUGGUCACUCACAGGAGCAUUUUAGCUGGUCCUGGAAAAGGAGACGUGGGCAGGACCCCUCUGUUGAUAUCUGCUGCCUCCUUGAUCCUGCUUGCUGGUGUCAGCGUCUGCGGGGAAGUAGGCCCGUGGUACAUGCUGGGCCAGAGGUGUACGCGGUGGAUGUCCCCGUGCUCACUACCAAUCUUCUCCGCCUCCGGUUCCAUCUCCAUCCGCUCAGGUCUCCUGGCGGGCUGUUCUCCUUACAGCCUGUGCCAGUGUAGGCGAACGGCUGAGAUCCAGCACGGGGCUCCCGUCUUCUGGAGGGCCGUCGCCAUGCGGCCGGGAUAACCCCCGCCGGCCAAAAAGGCAGGGGAGCGGGGACGCACCACCGGCAGGCACUGUUCGUGCAUUCUCAGUCUCUCACUGCGGGUAUCCACAGCAGGGUACCUCCUCUUCAUCGGUCCCGCUCUCAUGCUACCUGCAUCUAGGCUUCCUGCAGCGUGUAGGCCGGGGAUGUCAGCAUCUCCCCUUCCCGGAUUGUCGUCGUGGCCCGCGGGUAUCCCACAGUAGCUGGGGUUAUGCUCUCCACUAUGCUUGUGAGUUUGUCGGCGUUGGGGCGCUCUGCACCCGCUUUUUUGGCCACUUUCAUGUGCUCGGGUCUGGAGCUAAAUCUCGUGGCUGCCCGUCAGCCCGGCGGCCCGGCCCCGCCCCCCUAGGUGUUUCUUUUGGAGGCAAAGCUUAGAAUCGGUUCCUUUCUCCACUGAAAAUUCUUUGGGUCUCAAAAAACCCAUAGAAGGCUAAGUAAGCUGCGGAUUUUAUAAUUAGGUUUGUGGUGUGUUCAAAAGGGGAUGUGUUGAGGAUAUCGAAGAUACUUUUAAAGAGUUUACUGUCUAUGGAAAGUCUCUUGAUGGGAUUGUGUGCUGAUAAUCUGUGAACACCUCUUAGGACACUUUUUACUGGGUAGGAGGUUAGGAAUGGAGAUUUGUUGGGAUAGCUGGUCAGCAUGUAGUGUUGUAUGCCUGUUAAGUAGAGGUUGAUAGUGUUGUAGGCUAAAUUAAGAGAAAUAUGGCAAAAAGUUGUGGAUGCAACAACAGUUUCAACAGAAAAAAACAUUUAUAUGAUCACGAACAAAACUUUUAAACAACUUGUAUGCUCUGGAGUAGGCUUUCCUUGUAUUGGUGGACAAGCCUGCCUGUGCGAGAGAUCUACUAUGUUGUAAUAGAGAACUUAAAGCAUAAUUAGUUCUGUGAAGCUUGGAGAUUCCCUGGGUUGCGGGUUUGCUGAUUGGAUGAAACCUGAAAAAUUCCUGUUUGAUUCCUGUGUUAUUUUGAACACCUGGAACGUGAAAACAUGUUAUGCAGAAUUGCAGAUUAGCCGCUAGCCAGCUCAGUCUCCUUAUUAAGUUCAUAAUUGUGAGGGACUGAGAGCAGCCUUUGUUAACUAUAUCACAGGUAGCUAUGUUAUCUGAAAAGCAUCUGACUGACUGUCCACUCCAUUCUUUACCCCAGACGUGUGCAGCUGCUACUAUAGGAUAAAUUUAAAAUAGAGCUGAGGUGGUAUUGAAAUUUUCGAGUGAGAUGGUCUCAACUGGCCAAGAGUUGUAUAGGCACUCAUCACCGAAAAUGGCUGCAUACCCCAAUGUACCUGAAGCAUCGGUCCAAAUUAUAGGGGAAUCAUCAGAUAUGGGUGGAACAAAUAGCGACCUGCCAAUCCAGGAUGAUAGGAACAGCUGCCACAUUUGUAGAGCAGCUCUAGCUGAUUCGUCUCUGGAAGUUGUGGAGUCGUCGUCGGGGAGGCCGUGCAAUAGUGAGAGGAUUCUGGAAAUGAAAGACCUACCCUGAAGGAAUUAUUCUCAUAGCAAAAUUUAGUGAACCGAGUAGUGACUGUAGUUGUUUCCUUGUGCAAGUGCCUUGUGACGUGCAAGUGUUUAUGUAAGAAAGUAUCCGGUCUACUUUCUCUUGAGGCAGGCUGGCUUGCAUAGAAACUGAAUUAAGUGUAAUACCCAGGAAUGUGAUCACCGUGUUGGACCUUCAGUUUUUGUCUUUUGCUACAGGGACUCCUAAGUCUUUGAAAAGAGUGAGCAUGUGAUUAAGGCUGUGGGCUGUGUGUUGGUGAGGUUCAAUGGUGAGGAAGUCGUCUAGGUACUGUAUGACUACUGGACAUCUGCAGGAGUUGAGUAGGAGCCAGGUUAAAGUUUCGGCAAAUAUAUCGAAUAACUUAGGGCUACUUUUGGAUCCGAACGUCAGUCUUGUAGCGAAAUAGUAGCUUUCUUCCCACUUAACUCCAUGCAGAUGCCAGAGUGACUGGUGGGAAGCAGUUUAAAGGAGUUUGUGAUGUCAGAUUUACUUAACCGAACAGCAUUCCCGGCAUGAAUGAUUGCUUGGAUGGCAUCGUCAAUUCUGGCGUAUUGAAGGGAAAAGUCACCUGAUGGGAUCAGAGCAUUAAGGCUAGGUGUAGGGGAUGGGUGAGAUGCAGAAAAGUCAAUAAUCAUUAGCUUUUUAUAUUUCCCUGUGGUAAUUCCUAGUGGGUUUGUCCUCCAGGAAGUGAAAGGAGGAGUAGAGAAAGGGCCUAUCAUAAAACCAUUGGUGAUUUCUUUCUGUAACAGUUCGCGUAUGCGGUCUGGAUCUGUGAGUGCCAACUGUAAGUUGGGGCAUUCUAAAACACCUGUGCGGAGUGACACGAACCCUGUGUGGAACCCAUUAGUGAAACCAGCCAUGAGAAAUUCCACCAAAUUACAGAAGGAUGAUUAGACAAGUAGCGUUGCAACUUAGGUACGUUUAUUGGUAUGGAAGAUUUGUUAGGGUACAAUCUGUUGGGGCACAUUGUUUUGGCAUGUUCUCUGAAACACAGUGAGCACACGUGCAACAGCCUACAAGCACUUAUAACUGCAACCACCUGUAUUGAAAUUGUUGCAGACUUGUGCUUUACCUAGAGAAACAAUUGGCCUGCCUAGUUUGGCUCUCCCUUCCUUCUGUGUUGUGUUGAAUUGGUAACCAGUAUUGGCGCUACUGGUAGAAGGGGACGCUACGUUUUCAGGACAGAAAUUUACUGAAUGAGCAGCAGAAGAGCAUAUAGCGCAGGAAGGGCUUUAAGGCCUGCAAAAUGCAGAAGAAACAAUUCUGUCUAGCUGUGCCCAAUCAGUAAUUUUAUUGUACUGGGACAGUGAUGUUGCGGAUCUGGAAGCAAAUGACUUAUGAUCAUAAAAUCCAUAGCCGCCGUACUUGUAUGCUAACUCAACCACUUUAUAGGUAUAAGUAAAGUUCCUCUCUACGGAGUGAGAAAGCUGUACAGAUCACAUCCCUGUACAAACCGAAUGCGAGGACAAAUUCGGGGAUGUUGAGUUUCCUAUUUAGUCAAGGAUCUCUAGACUUCAUUACUACUGACCGAUCCUCAAAGGUAUAGGCCCUGUUCUCUACCACAUCUUGAGAUACUAUCAGUAGGGAUGCCAAGUUUAUGUCCUUCCCCUCUAUAAUGUCACGUCUUAGAGACUGAGGAAUGAGAUGAAUGGGGUUUAUGAUAUUAGUAGCUCUAUUUGCUGGUAGAGGGUUAUCUUUACCUCCUGAGUUAGGUGUGGGCUGAGCAACGGGCACUGGAGUCUCUGGAACGGUUGUGAUAUUGUUUGACUCCAGAUUAUCCAAUCUAUUAUGAAUAGUUGCUACUGAAGAAACAAGGGAGGCCAUCAUGGUGUGUAAUUCUGCAAAGCUAUUUUGCACAUUGAAAUCAGAACUAGGGCCUGGCCUUUUUUUGUCCUCAGUAAUAUUUAACAACCUAAACAGUUCGGCUUCCCUGGCUGUCGCUGGGAAAGGAAUAUUCCUCUUUUUAAGUUCAGAGGUGAUCUUAGGGAUAGUCCAGGAACGAUAGCUGGAAGCUGGACUUGGUGGAUUGGGUCGUCUCUGUGAGCCUGAUCUGAGUGGGGUGCUGGCCACCGACAAAUCAUCUCCUUGUGAAGAUUGGACAUGCUACGGAAGUGAGGCAGAUGGAUAAGGUUAGUAUGGUACCGUAUAGAUCGGUAGUGACCCAGCUUACUAGGCUAGUGCCUACUGGCGAAAUUGUAUUAACUAGCUUAGGUUGGUGACAGGUGAAGCCCUGACUACUUGCCAAGUGGCUGAGAGGCUCUACCUAUGAUUUGGCCUUUGUGCCACUGAGGUGGGUGGCGGGGUGUUGGCCUCUCGGUGACACGUAACAGAAUGUAAUAACAAUUGGCUGUGACGGGUGAGGUCCUAACUAUGAGUUGGUGCAAGGCUCUAACUAGGAAUUGGGGCGAUUGGGCAUGAACCUCUGAACGUAAUGGUUGAUAGUAUGCCUUGCGGGAACACCUGACUGCUAGGCGAAGAGGCCUAUGGGACCUUACCUAACUUGGCGAGAGCUUAAUCCUACUCGUAACCUUGUAAUCGUAACCAGUUUACAUACCUGAUGAAUAACUUGUAUGACGUAUACUGAAGUGGAGAGAACAAUCCUUACUUGAACCUAAAACAUGUCACAAAUUUAAAUUACAACCUAAUCCCUGGGAGCAGCCGUAGAAAAUUUGCCCCUCCAACCAAAAGGUUAUAUACUAACCGUAUACGUCGAGAAUAUUUGUGUGUGAUAACCAGAACUCUAACAAUGUAGUAGUUGCGUUUUAACCAAUAAGGCCCAUUUGUACGCUGUGUCAUAACUAGUGUUUCUUAACAGAGGGGAGAAACAACAUAUAAAACAAUAUUGAAUAGUGUAGUUAGUAACAAGAAAUGCACGAGACUGUGAAUAUCUGUCCGUAGUUAAUCACUGACACUUAAUGUACCCCAAAUGAAGGUACAGAGUAAAGAGAGAGCGAGAGAGAGAGAAUGUGUGUGUGUGUGUGUGUGUGUGUCCUAUUAACAGAAUUUAGCCACUCAACCUUGUCAAACCACAAGGUGGCGACAAAGCCAAAACCAACCAGGCUACUCAGCAUAUAAUUGACAAUAUAUAAGUUUAACUAAAUGGAACAGAGUGUCGUAAAAUGACAGCAUGGGAAUCUUAAUUUAAACAGUUUAACUGUUACUGCAAUAUGUGAGUGAAAUGCCAGCUUGAUACCACGACCGUUUAUACCCCACGAAAUGCCAGUUUGCAUGAACGGAGCUUUAUACUGGGUUUUGCGUAAAACAACCAAAAGCUGUUACGAAGUGUUUAUAUGUAACGAAAGGGUUAAUUAACCAAAUUUAUGUGAACGGACACCUAAUAAUCCCCUGAGUAGGUGAAUGUUUAACCCGAAAUGCUUGACUGCACGAAUUGUGGAGGCAUGUGUAAGGUAAACGGAGGAUUAUGGCAUUAGCAGAGUUUAUAAACAGAAUAUUUAUAUUCCUAAUGCUGAAUAAGUUAGAAUAGUUUUGUAAUAGGUUGUAGAAUUUACUGUAAUCAAGCGUUUGAUUUAUUGAAACCUAAAGAGUAUUAUUUAACAAGAUAUAAUGCUUUGAUAUUUACCUGUAUACAAUGUUAGAUUACAAUUAUGUUUACAAUGGACAUAUCUAUUACUGUAUACCUAGAAUUGAACAUAUUCAUUUUUUUUUUUUUUUUUUCUUUUGCGCACAAAAGGGGGAAAAUAAUUUAUUGUUCUUUCCUCCCAUAUUCAGUACCUUAGUGUGUAUCAGAACACAAUUACCCUAUGGGGGUGCAUUGCGGACCACUACCUCAGUAGGAGAAGUCUCCAUAGGAUUUAUCCACCUGAUUAACCACUUUGGUGCUGAAAUAAUUCCCAUUGCCUUCAAUAUGCCAAGUGGUUAGUUUCUGAAUGCUUUAACCAUGCAGAUGCUGGAGGGUGGUAUAACAGUUGCUUUACUGAAUAACUAACGAAGAUUAGUAAUGGAUUUAUGUGAACAGACUUGUGAUUUUACAUGAUAGUUAUAGAAAGUUUAAACGAAUGCAUGACCACUUUUAAUAUUUAGACGAACGAUUACCGAAGGUGUAAUUGCCGAUAAGAAUAUGUAACGUACGAAUGAUCGAGUAUUACUCACGGAUUAGCCGUUCGUGUUUUAGUAAUACUCACGAACACGUUAGGUAGUGACAGAAUUCAAAGGCUGACUGCCGGCGGGUGGGAAACUGAUCGGGUCCUGUGAACUGCAAGUAAAGCGAAGCACUUCCGGGAAUGUCGACGACAGGUAAGCUGGGCUUACUGCACUUUAAAUAGGGAAUAAUGUACCUCCCACAAUUGCAGGCCAAGCCUUGUGUAUAUAUACAUACACGAACUCCAGCCACCCUCCUGUUAACUUACCUUAUGUGCCAGGAGGGUGGCUUGGAGUCCUGCUGCUGCUGUGGGAGUGAGGUGUCUGAAGUGUAUAACUGCAGCUAUGAGGUUAUGGUGUAAGGAGGUCCCCUGUCUCCCUGCACACACAGUGUAUUUAUAACUGCAGCUAUAAGGUUAUGGUGUAAGGAGGUCCCCUGUCCCCCCGCACACCUGUUUCACACUUUUGAUGCACUUCUUCGCCCUGUGACUCCCCCUCCUUCCACCACCUUGUCCGCCACAAACUUUCCAUCUCAUUUCACUGAGAAAAUCUCUACAAUCAGGAAAGAGAUCUCUAAUCUUUCUCCAACCAGUAUCAAUACAUCACCCAACCCCACUCCCCCUGUCAUCCUAAGCUCAUUUUCACCUGCUACAGCACAAGAGGUUUCGGUUCUGCUCCUGUCCUCCCGCCCCACCACCUGCUCCCUCGAUCCUAUUCCCUCGCAUCUCAUCCGCACUUUGUCUCCCUCUCUUGCUCUUCCUCUCGCUAACAUUUUCAAUCUCUCCCUUUCCUCUGGCACAUUUCCCUCUGCCUUCAAACAUGCAACCGUAACCCCAAUUUGAAAAAGCCCAACCUCGAUCCCAACUCCCCAUCCAACUACCACCCUAUCUCACUACUGUCAUUUGCCUCCAAGAUCCUCGAGAGAGUUGUCUACGCCAGAUUGACAGACUUUCUUGAAUCCAACUCUCUGCUUGACCCCCUUCAGUCUGGAUUCCGCGCUGGUCACUCUGUCGAAACUGCUGUGACCAAAGUAUCCAACAAUUUAAUUGCUGCUAAAUCUCGCGGCCAUUACUCUAUCCUAAUCCUCCUUUAUCUUUCUGCCGCCUUUGACACUGUUGAUCAUCAACAGCUUCUUCACAUUCUCCGUAACUUUGGUCUACGGGAUUCUGCUCUCUCCUGGUGCUCCUCCUACCUCUACCAGCGCUCCUUCAGUGUUUCUUUCUCUGGCUCUGCCUCUUCUCCCCAACCCCUCCCUGUCGGCGUCCCCCAAGGUUCUGUCCUCGGCCCCCUACUGUUCUCUAUCUAUACUGCCUCCCUUGGUAAACUCAUCAGCUCCUUUGGCUUCCAAUACCAUUUAUAUGCAGAUGACACGCAAAUCUACCUGUCCUCCCCUGAUCUCUCUCCGCCCACCUUGACUCGUGUUUCUGACUGCCUCUCUGCUAUUUCCAACUGGAUGGCUGCUCACUUCCUUAAACUCAACCUGUCCAAAACAGAACUUCUAGUUUUUCCUCCCUCAAGUGCUGCUACUCCUGUGUCUGUCGCCAUCCAAGUCAACGGCGCUACUAUCACCUCUACCUCCCAGGCUCGCUGCCUAGGAGUUAUUUUUGAUUCUGAUCUCUCUUUUACUCCCCAUGUUCAAUCGAUAGCCAAAUCCUGUCGCUUCCAACUCAAGAACAUAGCGCGCAUCCGCCCAUAUCUAACGCCGGACGCGGCUAAGGUACUGGUUCAUGCUGUUGUUCUCUCUCGCCUUGACUAUUGCAAUCCCCUUCUCACCGGUCUUACAUGUUCCCAGCUUGCACCGCUGCAAUCUAUAAUGAAUACGGCUGCGAGGCUUAUUUUCCUGUCCGGUCGCACCUCCCACGCCUCCACGCUCUGUCAGUCCCUGCAUUGGCUUCCAGUUAGAUAUAGGGCCCAAUUCAAAAUUCUGGCGCUUGCUUACAAAUCCCUACAUAAUGCUGCUCCAACAUGUCUGUCCCGACGAGACCCCUGCGCUCAGCCCAAGACCUACUCCUAUCCUCUGCCCGGAUCCCCACCUCUGAUGCUCGCCUUCAAGACUUCUCCAGGGCUGCACCUAUUCUGUGGAACUCCCUUCCCUCCUCAAUCAGACUUUCACCCAGCCUACAUUCCUUCAAAAAAUCUUUGAAAACUCACUUCUUUAUUAAAGCGUAUCAAUUAAACUGUCAGCAGGUUUCUCAUCCCCCACCCCAUGACUCCGUUCCUUCACCUGUCAAAAAUGACCUACCAAGCACUCAAUAAACCCUUCUGUAACAAACUAUUUAAUUCCCCUACUUUAACCCUUUGUGUCACUAUACCCCACUCCCUCUAGCAUGUAAGCUCAUCGAGCAGGGCCCUCAACCCCCUCUGUUCCUGUACGCCAGUGGUCUGAUCUCAAUUAUGUGUCUGUUAGUCCACCCAUUGUACAGCGCUACGGAAUUUGUUGGCGCUAUAUAAAUAAUAAAAUAAUAACUGCAGCUAUAAGUGUUAUGGGUGUAAGUGAGAUCCUUGUCUCCUGGGCCACAGUGUAUUAUAAAUGCAGCUAUACAAGUUAUGGUGUGGGUGAGGUCUCUGUCUCCUGCAUUGUGUAUUAUAAAUUGCAGCUAUGUUAUAGUGUAAGGAGUGGGGUUCCUGUCUCAAGUACAGUGGUGGGCUAUAAAUUGCAGCUAAGCAGGUGUAAGUGGAGGUCUCUGCUCCCCAAGACAGUGUGUGGCUAUGUGGCUAAAACCAACCCUACUGCAAUUGGAGUAGCCUGGUUGCCAGCCUCCUGCCAUCUGACUAUGGCCCCUUUUAAAAGACUUUAUUUUUGCCUGCAGAAAAGCUGUAUUCGUGCUUUUCUGCCUGGGGUUCGGUAGAUGUGUUUGAAUGUGUUAUACCCCAGAUAGGAAUCCCAUGGAGCCCAUUUGUAUGAAACUGACUGUAAAGACUUUGGCUCCAUGGCGAUUACACUGUAUUCGUGUGGUCUGAGCGCCAUUCACUUAAUAAUGUGCGCUCAGACCUGACCUAUCUGGGGAUAUGUGAAAUGUCUGUGUUUUAUGUAUAAAAGGUGACUUUAUGUAUUUUAAAGUGUUUUGUGUCUUUUUGCAACCAUGUGCUUAAUGGAGUCUUGUGUCUGUCCUGGGAGAUAAUUCAAUUACUUAUCUCCAGGAUAGAAGACUCUGAAACUGGUUUGGGCCGGAAAGCCAUGCUUCAUUUAGUCACAAAGGACAUUUUACUAACUUUUGAACCCCUUGUCUGAUUUGUGCCAUUUUUGAAUAUGUUGUUCCCCUGACUGGAUUGAUUGUGAAUAUGUAAUUGUAUGUGAAUGUGAUGUAUGGUUUUGGAGUUAUGAAAGUUGGGUAGAAAGUAUGUUUUAACUGUAUGUAUAAUUGAGUUUCCUCUCAGGAUAAGGGGAGGGAAUAUGUAGGAUGUAACUGUGAUGUGAUUGGUUGUUUUGUAACGCCCUGUGGGCUGUACUAUGUUUGUGGAUUGGGAAUAAAAGAGGCUGUAUGUGACAGUACAGAGAGUUCCUGUUUUAACCCUCAAAGUGAAGUGUCGUCUCAUUAUUGGGGGAAGGAUUUAUUGUAUGCUGUUCCAGUUUGACUGCUAGGAGAGUAAACCUAUUAGUAUGGUUCCUAUUCAACUGUCUACAGCAUUCAUAUGCUUGAGAGGAUUCAUAUGCUUCUCCGGUUCGGUGGUUGUGGUGUCUGCUGCAGUGUUUGGAGUCCUCAGGAAGCGCUAGGAGCAUCCUUUAACGGAGGUACCCAGUCGGGGUGCCAGGCGAUCCGUUACAUAUUAUAACUGCAACUAUAAGGUUAUGGUGUAACGAGGCCCCCUGUCUCCCCGCACACAGUGUAUUAUAACUGCAGCUAUAAGGUUAUGGUGUAAGGAGGUCCCCUGUCUCCCCGCACAUAGUGUAUUAUAACUGCAGCUAUAAGGUUAUGGUGUAAGGAGGUCCCCUGUCUCCCCGCACACAGUGUAUUAUAACUGCAGCUAUAAGGUUAUGGUGUAAGGAGGUCCCCUGUCUCCCCGCACACAGUGUAUUAUAACUGCAGCUAUAAGGUUAUGGUGUAACGAGGCCCCCUGUCUCCCCGCACACAGUGUAUUAUAACUGCAGCUAUAAGGUUAUGGUGUAAGGAGGUCCCCAGUCUCCCCACACACAGUGUAUUAUAACUUCUUAAUGUUUGGAAUUAAAAAAAAAUACAUUUAGAGCUUUAGGUUGUGGGCUGCAUGUGUGAAAAGGUGACUGUCUGUUGUGUGAUUGCAGAGCGAUUUUUAACGUCUAAAUUACAAGUGAAAUACUGAUGUUAAUCUUGUGUUUAAAAAAAAAAAAAAAAAAAUUCAUAUUAGGAGUCUGUGCGUUCCUUAUUUUAUUUUUAACUUUUUGCAUUUUGGCAGUUUCUUCCUUCGUGUCAUGCUUAAAAUCCCCACGUGUCACAUUAGAUUUUUAUAUUUUUGUUUUGGUUCUGAUUAUCCGUGGGUUUCUUGUUUUUGUUCUGGUAAUUAUUAUAUUUUUAUUUUAUUUAUUUUUUAAAGCGGUGCCAGGUUUCCUCUUAUUGUACCCAGCUGAAUUUUUUUUUUUUUACAUUUUAAAGAAACACAUUUGUACAAAAUGUCCCACAUUUCCACCAACGUCCUUUCACUACCUGAACAGAGUAGUUGCGCAGGCACGCAUGGUUCGUAUGGUAGAAUAGUCUGAGGGUUAGGUCUCCUUUACUUAGUUACAUUGCUGAUAUUGCGUCCAAGGUCAGCCUAAUUUUUUUUUCUCCCCCUUCUCCCCCUUCUCCCCCUUCUCCCCCUUCUCCCCCUUCUCCCCCUUCUCCCCCUUCUCCCCCUUCUCCAACAUUUAUCCAAAAAAUAAUAAAUGAAGGCCAUUAUUAACCGCUAAUGGGAUGUUCCAAUUGUUUAGCUGAGAACAGAAGGUGGACAAUUUGAAAUUUUUUUGGCAUUAUUUAACUCUUCCACUCCUGAACAUGUUUACAAAGUGUCCUAUUAACAUGAGAUACUGUUGAAGUUAAUAUCCCAUAGCAAGUAACUGACUUUCAGUGGAGGGUUAAUCCAUCUUAAUGUUCCAUUUAAUCGCAUAUUCCUACAAACACGGGGUUCAGUCAUUUUGUUUUAGGGUUUCCACUGGCUGAAACAUGUUUGACUUCAACAAUAAAUUAAUUUGUUUCUGGAGAUUGCAGAGGGUCUCUCCUGAGAUUCUUCGCUCCGAAUGUGAGAAUUGUUGUGAAUGCCAAGUGGUUUUCAAAUUUAAGGCCAACGUGUAACUAAUUUACAUGUUAAUAUGCUUCCAGUUUGGUUUCUUAAAUGUGAACUGCUCCGUUUACUGAAUACAUCAGUGAAGCAUGAAUUCUUAGGAAUUGAAAGUGAAGUUUCAGCCACAUUAGCUAAAAUUGAAUAUUUCUCUAAUCCAGCUACUUCCUUAUUUAUUUUUGCCAUAGCUAUUUUUGCUGACAGUUAUUAUUUACAUACAUGUUACUCAAUCUCUCUAAUAUCCCUGUUUAUGGAAGCUUAUUGAAUAUUCCUUAGAGAACCGUUAAACCCACAGUAUUUUCUAUUCCCUUUGUGUAAUCGUAAAAUGCAGCAGAACCUGUUGGUUUGAUACAAGUUAUGGCAGAUGACUUAAUGCAUUGCAUAGAAAGUGCCUAGAGCACACUGUCCACUAAACGAGUGUUUGGGUAACCGUGUGUAAGAGAAGCAACAAAGAUACAAACAUUUUAAUUCUAACGUUUCAAGCUAUUUGUCUUCGCCCAGUCCCACCCUGUCCCCCACCACCAUGUCGGUGGUGUGAUAGAAUUUGGUACCUGCACUGUUUGUACCUUAUUGUAUCUUUACAUAUUUUGAGAUAAACUAGACUACACUUCGUAGCCUCGAGCUGAAGUGUGAGGUUUAAUGUGUGAAUUUGGUGGAACUCUGAGGUUGACAUAUCUCCUAAUGACAUAUCUCCUAAUGACAUAUCUCCUAAUGAUCUAAUGACAUAUCUCCUUUCUUUGUAUUUAAGGAGAAGGACAAUCUCUCGCUCAUUCACAAAAUCAGCUCGCUGCAGGAAGAGGUGAGAUUCCUGCAUGUAACCGCGUGACACAGCCAAACUUUGGUUUAGUACUUAAGCAAUCCCACAGCGUCUGUCCAGUCAUUGUGUUCAAAUACCAGUUCCUCUCCCAACAAAUUGGGAACAAUGCAUCCAAAAUGACUGUAGAAAUAAUGAGAGAUAUAGAUUGAUAAACAUGACUUUGUUUUCAUAAACAGAAUACAAGAAAUAUGUUGGAGGCAGAGGAAAUGAGAAAGGCCAUAUCGGAGUUUUCUGAUAAAAUUGCAGAUCUCCAGGUGAGUCUGGGGACGGGGGGGUUGAAAUCGGGCAAUUCUUGUAAAUCACACAAACAUUGUAACAAACAUUAACAUAUCCUGUAUCAGAAUAUAAAAUACCAAAUGAUUUAUGAAAUAAACCGUUCUCAAAGCGCGUUGGUAAUUAAUAAUCGGUACAGUUUCACUAGAUCCCGGCCUGUGAGUUUCCAUCCGAUAACUGUAGCACCUCACACCAAGUCUAUGCAUGGUGGCCCGCGAGCUUACAAUCUUAAACAUGAAAAGAUAAGCUCUUCAAAGCAGGAACUAUUAUACCGCCAUCUUGAUUGUAUGUCUGGCAAAGCUACUGUGUGAUGGUGGUAAAUAUCACUGGCAUAAAAUCAUUGUAAAGAAACCGGUUAGGUUACUGUGUAUCUGUGAAUACAUUUUUACAUCGUUAUUUGAUUAGUAAAUUCGUAUAAAUGCUGAAAGGGAUAAAUUAUCACCUAGUUAUUGUUUCCAGUUACAGCUAAGCGAUUCUGAGACCACUUUCCAGAAGAAAGAUGCCAGUCUUCACAUGGUGAGCCAUAUCGAAUUAUUUUUAUUACCGUUGGCAGUGCUUUCUAGGUAAGAAGUGUUGAUGAAGUUAGCGGGGGAUGGGGGUCUCAAUGAAUAUUGUAUUAUAACUUUGUAUUUAUAUACACCGUGAUUUUAGUUUAUUCACUGAAUUAGAGAUUUCCAUUAUUUUCUCAUUCACAGAAGGAUCUGUAUAUAGAAGAGAUGAGGUCCACACUCAUGGAAUACAACUCAGUUAUUGAGGUAAUUACCAAAAUAGAUGAAUAAGGCAGGUGGCGUCUAUGGCCAAGGUUGCCGUGCCUGGCAGGUGGCGUCUAUGGCCAAGGUUGCCAUGCUGGGUCCGGAAGGGCCUGCUAGAAUGGGCACGGGUUUUGUCAGGCUGGGAAGAUACCUGAAGACUCGACCAUAUCCGGUUCCUUGUGCCCACGUUGACCAGCGUUUUUCCUUUUGUUGUAUAAAGAUAAAUUUUGCUAUUGUAAAAGCUUUAUUAAAACCAUUUUUUGUUUAGUUUCCUGUGAAUGAUGGGAACACAGCGUGCGAUCAUUCUUAAUGUUUUUCUUCCUAGAAUCUGAGAAUUGAAAAAACUAAACUGGAAAAUAGUCUCCAGCAAAUGGAACAAGAGCUGCUUUCGUGAGUACCGGGAGCCAUUUUAUCUUUCCAUCCUGCGUUCUAGAUGUAGAAUUGGGUAACUGGGAUCACCCACCUCUCUCCGCCUAUCAUGGCUGCCCCGAUUUUGGGCGGGGUGUAUGUUUAUUUCUGUAUUAGACGCGGCGCAGUAGGGCGGCCGAGCGUUAGGGGCUGGGUGAUCUCUUGAUCAAAGUGCUUUGUUUUACUCAGAUUAGCAGUCAACGGGAGAUUAUGCACCAUAACCACUGCAGUAAACCUAACCGUCUGUGCGGUCGUUUUGGGUAACUGGGUCUGGACGAGUUGGCAUGUCCUUCAGGCAGUCUUUGUCCAUGUCAAUAUUCUCUGUUCUGAUCAAUAAAUUUUGAUGCAUAAAGUUAUUUUAUUUUUUCUUCCAGUAAUGGGAUCGCCUCUCCUGUCACCUUUAAGCUGAACCGCCUUAUAGCGGGCAGUCUGAAUUCACUACAUUCAGAGUUGGAGCUCGCUCAGCAGUUGCCAGAGGUAAGAUGAAUUUCUGAACCUUGCCCUGUUUAACCUCUUCCUGACCAGAUGCCAGUCUAUUCCUUUAUAGACUACCGUCCAAUCACACUUAGUGUCGUGAACGGAUUUAAAACAUUAUGAACUAAAAACUUUCUUAGGUUUUUAGACUUUCAAUCCAGAGCCGUUUUGUCUUCAGUUUAAUUGGAUUAUACACUAACCCUGAAAUGUCAACCUUACCUGAAAUGCCAAUUCCCAAUACCUACAUGCCAAUUCCCAAUACCUGAAAUGCCAAUUCCCAAUACCUGAAAUGCCAAUUCCCAAUACCUGAAAUGCCAAUUCCCAAUACCUGAAAUGCCAAUUCCCAAUACCUGAAAUGCCAAUUCCCAAUACCUGAAAUGCCAAUUCCCAAUACCUGAAUUGCCAAUUCCCAAUACCUGAAUUGAGAAACAAAUUGCAAAAGUGGCUGCACUGGAAAAAUUCUCCAACUACGCCAUAGGUUGUUUUCCUAUUUUGACUUUACAUUUUUAGUUCACUACGUGUCUGUGUUACACGUGCAGCAUUACCCCAUGCAGAGCAGUAAAGAUGUCGCUCAGACUAACCGUGGUUGUGAAAACCCGCUCUCUGCCUAGAGCUCAGCGCUGGCAUAGACCGGACGUUAUUGUUUAGAUUUCUAGUAAAUCCCAGAAAAACGGGCAAACUAACACACUGUAAACCAUGUUAUUCUCUGCAUUAAAUGGAACCCUCCUUUGGUUAAUCUGUUUGUGAUUUCGUCACGUGGUUGCGGUUUGCCUGUAAGUGCUCUCUGCUUUCUCAGAUUCUUCUUGUUUUCAGGUGUCGGGCGAUCUGAUUUAUCAUUCCGGGGAGCCCAGCUCAUCCCUUGAUAUAACGUUAGAUCGAGAGGUUCUCCUGUUACUCCAGGGCCCAGGGCACGAGCAACUGGCAGCUGAAUUUAAAGCAAUAGUUCAAAAUCUGGUGAGUUUCCAAAUAACCGUAACCUCCUCCCAGUCCCGGGCUGUAGUGCUGCUUCAAAGCCCGGAGCUGGUUAAAAAGGUUCCGAAUUGUGUCCACUGGACGGAGUAUUCUCUCCCACAAGGAGUUUUUAAUGUUUUCAGUGGAGCUUUAACCUUUGCUGGCAGAUAAUGUGUAUGCGCAUAAUAACUUCUCCUGACCCGUGAUGGAUUUAGCUUGGUCCUCUUUGUAAAUUCUAAUUUAUCUCUAACUUGCUUUUUGUUGUGGUUUUUCUGUCACAUUGUUCAUGGGUAGGUAACGAUUUUCUGUGAAACGGUUCUUGUGGAUAUUUUUAAUCUAGUUUCUUGUUUUCUCUCAGCUGGAAGAUACAUGUACGAUGUCCGAUGUCGUACCGCUCUCUCUGCAACGUCUGAUGGAUUCCAAUGUAAAUGGUGCAGCAUUACCGGGCAGGAUGCUCGAGGUAUGACUUGGACAAUCUACUGCCUUUUCUCUGUCUAAAUGACUGAUUUACCAUGACUUUAUUUAGUCCACAUUGGGUGAUCUCUAGAAUGUCGCCUUCUGCAGGCGUUGGCCUUUAGAACAUCCAGAUACUUCUCUUACAGGUCAUAAAGUCUGACCUGAAAGAAAAACGCAACAUCUGGACUGAAAAACUGAAACAAUUAGAAAAACACAAGGAGUCUAUGGAUAAAGAGUUUGUGAAGAUGGCCGGUAAUCUGCGUCGGAUAAAGACCGAGCAACUUCAUAUGAGAAAGGAGCUAUCGUCCAGGUCUGAAAAUAUACAUAUUAUAGAUUAAAAAAUAAAUCGAACUAUUGUUUGUUACAUAUGUAAUGGUUUUAAUUAUUCCCUAGCCAGGUUUACAGCUGUAACUUAUAGAAAACGUUAGUGUUUUGUUAAUUUUUCAUUUAAUUAUCCUAAUACACCAAUCUCACAAAGAAAUGGCCAUGCGGCAGAUCUCACAGUAACUAAAAGUAAGACCACAUGGAAAUAAAACGUACAUUUGUUUAGGAUUGCUGAAGGGGCCACGUUGCUAGCUGUUGUAACAAUUUAUUAUCGUGCCAAGAUUUACUGAGGUGGCGUCUAUAAGCUUUGCUACAGCUGUAGUGUUGUAGGUCGUCUGGUAUAGUGAUCGUAUCUCCAGGAUUCUUUGACGGUGGUAGAAGAACAGACAUUUAGAACCCAGACUUUCACACAGCUCCUCUAGUUCUGACUAUAAACCCCAAGGAUUAUAGGGGUUCCGGGACUAAGCGUUUCUGGGGGUCACAGAUCUGUGACCAAACAUUGAGAAUGCAGGAUUCCAAAGAAUAGAUAAAGAAUAAUUAAUUCAAGGUUCAGCGAUGGGCCUGGACUUUGAUUUUUGAAUUUGAUUUGAAUUUGUCCGUCCCUAGAUUCUGGACCUUUAAUGAUCCUGGAUAACCCAUUGGAUCACUGAUCUCUAGAAAGACCAUGUUGGGCUAUCCGGAGUACGGCUAUGGGGAUACGGCUAUAAAAACAAGGUGGCUACUUUGUCUAGGAAGUGAGUCGUGUGGUUUUGGGGGUUCAUCAAAUGACUUAAUAAAGAAAUAUAUUUGUGUCAUUCAAGGCAGCAGGUAUGCUAAUUGUGUUGUGUUAAAGGAAUAAAUUGUUGUCCCUAUAAAGCCAGGACUCUGUAAUUCCACACAAAGGGUUGAUAUCCCAUGGGGCCUGAGGCAGGUUACUAGUUUGGGGCCCCCUUCAAUAUUCAUAUUGGGAUGGCUAAUACCACGCAAAUGAAUGGUCCCAGAGCCCCUGUGUCACCCCAGGAUGGCUGUCUACUGGUCACUACAAGGUUAAUCCUGCUCUGACAGGAAGGCUGGGUGACGUUGGCAGCAGUAUAUAAGGGGAGUGUUGGGGUAUUCUGAGGCCGCUACAGUGUGAAGCAACGUAUGCCCUCUUUGCACUAUAUUAAGCAUUAAAGAGGAGCAAACUAAAUUUAUAUUUUUUGAUUAUGGGACAUUGUGUGUGUUUUGUGAGUUAUUGUUUUUUGUUUCCCCCCAUUAUUCUCCUUAGUACUAAAUGAGAGCGAGUAGAGGAUGAUUUUAUUUUUAAUUUUCCCCACUAUUACUGGAUUGCAGAUAGGAACUUGGUUUUUAUAGCCACAUUGUCUGAGACCUGGCACGAUGUUCAAUAUCCGGGAUUUCACAGCCUAAAGGUUAAAUUCUGUUCUUCCCGCUGACAAACUAUCUGAAAUAUGUCAAGAAUUUACACUCCUUGUAAUCGGACACGGUAAAGAUCCUGAUGUGAAUAGGAAACACAAUGAAACAGCUACUAGGAGCCAGCACUCUCAGCACUAGUAGUGCUGUAAGCUCUUCAGCCCAGGAUGCCAAUUUUUCUCCAGUUUGGAGAAAUGCUAAAUGUUCUAGCUCGAUUUGGACUAGUAUCAGAACUGAUCGCACAGUGAUGUCUGAUUUGUCACCCUAGAUAUUCCUCGACUACUUUUCCAAUUCAAAUAAAGGAGAUUUUAAGGUUGUUUUAUAUUUUUGGCCUAAAUAAUUACAAAAAGAUAAUUUAUGCUGGCAAAAAUAUAUAUAUAUAUAUGAAUACCGCACUCAAUGUUGUAAAAUAAUCAACCGUAGGUAAAAAGGUACUGUAAUUGAAUUUAUUAUUUUUUUCUUUUUUUUCUUCAAUGUCUAGGUAUAUAACUUAAUAUGUGAGAUUAUGAUUUGAUCAAAAGAAUAUAUUACAUCAUAUAGUCAAUCGCUAUUUACAAAUGGAGGUUAUUUUUGUAAAUAGCGAUUGACUAUAUGAUGUAAUAUAUUCUUUUGAUCAAAUCAUUGAAGAAAAAAAAUAAAAAAAUAAUAAAUUCAAUUACAGUACCUUUUUACCUACGGUUGAUUAUUUUACAACAUUGAGUGCGGUAUUCAUAUAUAUAUAUUUUUUGUAAAUAAUUACAAAAUUGGGCCUACCAAAAAUACACUAAAAGCUGAGCUUUCUGUGAGUUGUAUUUCAGCUAUUAGCUUCCUUUUUAUCCCUAUUUUAUAAAAGUUUAAAGGGAUCUGUCACUUACCAAUAAUUGUUAGUGUUAAAUUUACUAAUCCCGGUAAUAUUAAUAAAUAUGUGAGGUGUACACAAUAAAACUACAUGUAUACGGAGCAGAAGAAAUGAAACCAUGUUUCAGUCUCCUCUCUCCAUUUGCAUUGUGUGCCCUGGCUGUGCCUUGUUUGUACUGGAUUAUGCUGUAAUCUGCUAAAUCUUUAAUAGAAAUUUUAAAGAAAACUGAGAAUCUCCUGGAAAAAAUAAAAUAACUCAAGUUAUAGGUUAUUUUGAGUGUUUUAUUUAAUGAUGUAAAUUCCAAAAAUGUGUCCGUUCCUCUUUAAUUGCUAAUUCCAAAAUCUGCUGCUCUGAGCAGAACUAGCUAAUCUGUAUCUGCUGCAGUGCUACGUUUCGACCCCCAGGGAGGUUUGUCCAGCUGGACCAUUCUGCUUUCUGUAUCGGGGGUUUCCAGCUCCGGGGUCUGCAGCAAGGUUCAGCAUUAUUUAAGUGGUUUCUUCAUUUCAUUCCGAACGGUCUGUAGACCAGAAUCCAAAGCUCCUGAUUGGUGAAACUACUUGGGAAAUACAGUGUGAGGGGAUUCAUACAAAUCUUUCAAAUGGACCAUCUUUAUUUAUACAAUACUUCAACUGGGUAAAAUCCAGAUUUAAAGGAACCUUCCUGUCUCACACUGUAGUGGUUAUGGUGCCGGUAGCGCUUUUGUAAUCCUGUUGGUAGUCAAGCCAUUUGCUAACAGAUUAACAACUUACCUGGAGUCCAAUGGACGCCACUCACCUCCUCCAUUGAGAACUGGAAGCUCACUGCUCUGAGCUAGCCUAGCGGGCAGGUCUUCACUCAUUGGCUGAGAGAAAUCAGCUAACACUCUCAGCCAAUCCGCUACCUUUGCACCGCCGUUCAAUGGAGCAUGUGACCAGAGCCCCGUGGUCCACAGAUGGUUUCACUACUAAUAGUGGGGGACACCAGGGCACUCCUGGCAGGCUAAAGUGGUUAUGGUGCUUAGUGUUCCUUUAAGGCACGUUUCUGGUAGUUCCAGCAAUUUGGACAUUUCCAUAAAUUCCUAACCUAUAUACUGAAUAUCCGGGCUGCAUGUCUACUUUAAAUGUAAAAAGUGACCAGCAGAAAAAAUGUUAACCGUACCAGGAGAUGUCUUGUGAACAAUGUAGAUAAAUAAAUGGUAAUGUUUACUAUGUUUGAAGGUGUAUAAAACGUCUCCCAAAAAUUGUAGUGAGUCUACACCUUACGUGUAAGACCCACAGAAGGUAUUGCCAGGAAAAGUGCUGCCCCUAACUAAAAAAGGGGGGUAUACUCGCUAAAUAUUGGAACAAGCUGUAAUAUAAAUGCUAACGUGAUGGAGAUAAGAUGCUGUAGAAAUAUUGCAUCCAUGUGUACUUAAAAUGCUGCCAUCAAAUAGGUAAAUAUAGUACAACCGUACAGUUACAGUCCAUGAAAAAACUGUCUGUAAAGUGUCUCUGUGCAGCCAUGUAUCAGCUGCCUGGAUAAGCAUUUAUGUCAUAAAGUAACACGAGUCCAAAGCUGGUGUAUGAAACUCUCUACAAUAUAGAGUGUACAAUCCGUAUCCAGUUCUGAAACUAUGCUGCCUUUUGCUGUGAAACCGUACAGGAACGUGUUAAUACUUUUAGAUCACUUUUAGAUGGUAAGUUUAAGAUUUUUUUUCUGCUUGUCACUUUUUACAUUAAGUUAUUGUGGGAGCUUAAUUUACCAGUUGAGAGAUUUUGUGGAUUUACACGCUUCCUAUUUUGGUGUUAGAUUUAAUUAUCCGGUUUAUACUGUAUGGGGAGUUACCCCAAUAUUUAGUCUCUUUUUAGAUUUAACAUUUUUUUCCCAUUCUUAGGUCAGUUUAUUUCUGUCUACUUUGCCCGGCAGUGUUUAUUCUGUAACUCUGGGUGUGAGAUGGCUAUUAAUGUGUGGUUUCAUUUUAUUUUAUAUCUCGCCUGUCCAGAAGAAUCUGUUUGAAUAUUCCAGAUUUUCUAGAAUCCCCCGAUAUGCCUUUGAUUGCUGGUUACAUUAAUAGUGUUGCGUAUUGGGAGAGGGUAAAGAUGGUGGCCAGGUAGCGUUGGAUCACUACUUGCCCCGGCUGUAACCUGGUCCGUGAUCUGGAUGGUUCAGGGAGCACGCCACAAGGUCAAAUUCUCUCAGCAAACAUGGCUGGUGAAAGCAAUUUAUUUAUUGUAUUUUUUUUGGCAGGUGAUGUUGGAAAAUGUUCAGAUUUCUGGCGUUAUCAAAGAAUUGCGUUUGUUGAUAAAACAAAUUGCUUUAACCCAGAGAUACCAGGUUGGCUGUAACUGAGCUUUAUGUAGAUUUGUGGAUUGGAUCAGAGCUUUAAGUUGAGUGAUACUAGUUGUGCCCCCCCGGGAAGGGGCGCAGGUCCCUCGUGUGCCCCCCGGGAAGGGGCGCAGGUCAAGUUGUCCUCCAUUUUCAGUUGUCCACUAUUAGUCUUCAAAUGAAGACAUCGCUUAUAAAAAUGCUUUCCUGUGAAGUUCAGAUAACCUUUGUUGCAUGCCAGUCAGUACGUCCAAGUGGAAGAGGUGGUUUUUGUCCAAAGACCAAAUCUAGAAGUGAGACAUGCUUAUUUACAUAUUCUCACCAGGCAUUCUGGGAGUUUGGUAGAAAUGCCAUUUCUUGUUGUUGUUUUUUUGUUUUACCAGAUUUAUAUUAAAAAUAUAUGCACUUAGUGUGUAGGUAAUGUGUGCGGUAACUGCUGUGUGUUCAAUGUGUGCGGUAACUGCUGUGUGUUCAAUGUGUGCGGUAACUGCUGUGUGUUCAAUGUGUGCGGUAACUGCUGUGUGUUCAAUGUGUGCGGUAACUGCUGUGUGUUCAAUGUGUGCGGUAACUGCUGUGUGUUCAAUGUGUGCGGUCACUGCUGUGUGUUCAAUGUGUGCGGUCACUGCGGUGUGUUCAAGGUGUGCGGUCACUGCGGUGUGUUCCAGGUGUGCGGUCACUGCGGUGUGUUCCAGGUGUGCGGUCACUGCGGUGUGUUCCAGGUGUGCGGUCACUGCGGUGUGUUCCAGGUGUGCGGUUCUAGUUGUGUAGGUGAUGUGUGCUGUAACUGGAGUGUGUCAAGUGACAGCACUUGGUUUGUGUUCUCAAUGAAAGAUGGAAGUGUUACAGGAAGACUCCCUCCCCCUCAGUAAAAUGUCAAUUACUGUGGUUUUCACUCAUUUUGAACAGACUGCACGAGCUGGGGACAGUGCGCCAACAACAAGAGGAAGCGGAGGGUAAAGCAGAAGGUCUUCUCACCCAACUUCAAGAAUCUAGCGCUCAGAACGACCGUUUCACCAAACAGGUACUGCACAAUAGACCAUGGGCCCCCUGGGUAAGGCGCCAGAGACCCUGGGUAAGGCGCAAUAGGAGCUCCCUGCAUUGACCAUGUAUGUGAUGCUUAUAUUCAGGAUGUAAUUGGGGAAAAUGAUUUCUUGGACUCAUUUUGUUCUAAACCUAACCUGGUCCAAGAGCUCGUCUUAUAGUAAUGGAUUUUAAUUUUGAAGGUUAUUGGCUUUUCAUGUGUACUGGAAGGAGAUUCUUUGUAUUCUUUCAGGCAAUAAUAGUUCUAUGAUUAGCCCUUAAAUGAUUACAUUCCUUUCCUCUGUUACCUCUACCACUUCUGCUGGAAGAGGAUUCCACGUAACCACCACUCUUUUGGUGAUUAUGUUUUACCUCUGCUAUUCUCACUUUGUUUUAAUGGAAUGAUACAAAUGUUCCAUAUGGGGGUUAAUGUAUCCUGUUUACUAUAGAAUAUAAACAAGCUACCCGUGCAGACGGAGUGACUAAUGCAUUUUUAGACAAUAUUUUGACAUUCCCCCCUCCCCAUUAGAAGCUGUUUAUCAGUGAAAUGCCUGUUCUCGUAGUUCCUCUCUGCAGAUGUGAUUCUGUGCUCGGCCACGUAACGGUGCCUACUCUCUGUAUUCUGUAUCCUUCCAGAUCGAGGAGCUGCAGAGCUCUCUUAGUGCUGCGUGGAGCCAGGCUGAGACUCUGAAACACAGGUUAGAGGACGCAGAGUGUGAACAGCGACAACUUCAGGCUACAAACCAGGACCUAACGAGCGACCAUCGCACAAUUCAGGAACAGGCGAAGGAACAACAGAGUGAGUAACUGUGUGUGUGCAGGGCGAGGGGCUGUUUUUGGACAGGUUAACCUGUCGAUUUUUAUAAAAAGGCGCAAUAAAGGAUUUGUAGGAAAGUGUUUCCAUGAGAGAAGCGAAGUCAGGGGGCACAAUCUGUACAUAUCGAUUAAAGGAUUCCUUCCACAAAUAGCUCGCUUUUGUUUCCUGAACCUGGGCACCCACUCCUGGUCACUGAUUUCAUCAUAAACCAUUUUAGUCGUAAAGUGCUCGUUUCAUUUCAUCUUUGUUUCUUCCCAUUUGUGAAGGUUCCCUUGGUGUGUCUGGCCUUUUAUCUGCAAUGUGACAAUAAGAGGAGUUGCGCCCUUUAUCCAAUCUUGCCGUAUUUUCCGAUGCAGAGUAAACCCUGUCGCUCGCUGUACUUUGUGUUCCGUUUAAUGUUUGGUAUACAAUGUGUAUUGUGGGCUGAUUGUUUUCCAAUGUUCGUUUUUUCUUUUGUUGAGUAUCCGGAUGCAGCUAAUGGUCGGCAGGUGUUUGAGGUUUUGUAUUUCAUGUUAAUAAGUGACCAGCUGAUUUGUGAGUCUUGGUAAUUUUCCCUAACACAGUUGCAGGUGCUCUGAACUCUGACAUUAAUUAAUUUCUUGGCAUUUAUUUCAGCCUGUUUACCUUUUAAAAUAAAUAAAUUAAAAAUGAACUCCUGUAUCCUAGAACAGGUAUGUCCAAACUUUACCCUCCAGGUGGGUUUGAACUACAGCUCCCAAAAUUUUAGACUUAUGAUAGCAGAGGAUUGUGGGAGUUGUAGUGCAACUGCUGGCCUGAUAAUAAAAUGCUUUCCUAGAACAAGCGGCCUCUGGAAUCACCACCUGAAUUCGGAGACUUGUGUUCCUGCCUUUUGUUAAUUGACUUGAUGUGAUCUGUCUGUCCGUCAUGGGGUGUGUGUCUGUCCGUCAUGGGGUGUGUGUCUGUCCGUCAUGGGGUGUGUGUCUGUCCGUCAUGGGGUGUGUGUCUGUGUGUGCUGCCCCAACCUUGUUUAAAAAGGAGUUUUCAUCCCUCAUUCAGAGCCGUUAAUAAGUCGGGAAUUUUAAAGCAAAAUAGAUGCAGAAGGAGUAUCGCAGAGAGUCACUGUUGGCAGCAUAGGAAUCCAGAGAGUAAAUUCUGUUCCCAUUUCCAGACCGAUACAGGUUUCACCCAUACUGUUCGUUUCAUGUUUGUGGCAGUGUCUUCAUGGGCACGGCCUGAUCCACUCCAGACCUCUCAUCUAUCAAGCACCAACAUAUUCCAUAGAGUUGUACAAUGUCUGGAUAUCCUAACUCCCUGACCGGGGUUGUGGAAGUGCUUGAACAAGGGCUAGUGGGCUUACAAUCUAAAGCGUAAUUGAGGCUGCCUGGGUCUCCAGUAAAUCUAAUAUUCAUACGUCCCUAGGAUUUUAUCUGAAUUUCUCCCUGUGUGACUGAGGCGGUUUAAUAAAAUCUAAAUUUAAACUCCAUUCUGGAACCAAUUCUGAUUAUUGUUAUUUUCUCAUUCUAGAAACGAUUCGAUCACUGCAAGAAAAACUGUUUAAAGGACAGCUGUGCGGCCUGCUGUGCCAGGUAAGUGAAUAACUCUGCCACCCCGUGUUCUGCCAAUUAUAGUCCAUUAUUGCAUCUUGUGUGGUUUCUACCUGGCGACUUGCAUAAAGUUUAAGGCAGACGCAGACCCUGUACGCAUGCGCGACGGGGACCCUCUGACUGGAGUGUGUGUGUGGCUGGCGCGACGGUGACCCUUUGACUGGAGUGUGUGUGUGGCUUGCGCGACGGGGACCCUCUGACUGGAGUGUGUGUGUGUGGCUGGCGCAACAGGGACCCUUUGACUGGAGUGUGUGUGUGGCUGGCGCGACGGGGACCCUCUGACUGGAGUGUGUGUGUGGCUGGCAUGACGGGGACCCUCUGACUGGAGUGUGUGUGUGGCUGGCGCGACGGGGACCCUCUGACUGGAUGGAUUGAGAUUGUGCUUUGCAGAUCUUUCAGCGAGGUUCUCUCCUUUAGCUAUGUGUGGUUCUCCUGUCCGCCCCUUACAGAACAAGCUCUUGUGAAAACCUUGCAGAGUUUCCACCAAUAAUCUGAGCGACACAUAAUACAGUGCCUUGCAAAAGUAUUCACCCCCUUGUCUUUUUACCUAUUUUGUUACAUUACAGCCUUAAGUUCAAUGUUUUAUAAUCUGAAGUUUAUGUGAUGGAUCAGAACACAAUAGUCUAAGUUGGUGAAGUGAAAUGAGAAAAAUAUAUACGUAAAACUUUUUUUUUUAGAAAUAGAAAACAGAAAAUUGGCAUGUGCGUAUGUAUUCACCCCUUUGUUAUAAAGCGCUGGUGCAUCCAAUUACCUUCAGAAGUCACAUAAUUAGUGAAAGAUUGCACACAGGUGGACAUCAUAAGUGUCACAUGAUCUGUCAUUACAUAUACUCACCUUUAUUGAAAGGCCCCAGAGGCUGCAACACCUAAGCAAGUGGCACCACUAACCAAAUACUGCCAUGAAGACCAAGGAACUCUCCAAACAAGUAAGGGACAGUGUUGUUGAGAAGCACAAGUCAGGGUUAGGUUAUAAAAAAAAUAUCCAAAUCUUUGAUGAUCCCCAGGAGCACCAUCAAAUCUAUCAUAACCAAAUGGAAAGAACAUGGCACAACAGCAAACCUGCCAAGAGACGGCUGUCCAACAAAACUCACGGAAUGGGCAAGGAGGGCAUUAAUCAGAGAGGCAGCACAGAAACCUAAGGUAACCCUGGAGGAGCUGCAGAGUUCCACAGCAUCAGUAUAUAUGACGACAAUAAGCCGUACACUCCAUAGAGUUGGGCUUUAUGGCAGAGUGGCCAGAACAAAGCCAUUACUUUCAGCAAAAAACAAAAUGGCACAUUUUGAGUUUGCGAAAAGGCAUUUGGGAUACUCCCAAAAUGUAUGGAGGAAGGUGCUCUGGUCAAAAAGUUUUUUUUUGUCCUGCGCAAACCCAACACAUCACAUCACCCAAAGAACACCAUCCCCAUAGUGAAACAUGGUGGUGGCAGCAUCAUUCUGUGGGGAUGUUUUUCAGCAGCCGGGACUGGGAAACUGGUCAGAGUUGAGGGAAAGAUGAUGGUGCUAAAUACAGGGAUAUUCUUGAGCAAAACCUGUACCACUCUGUGCGUGAUUUGAGGCUAGGAUGGAGGUUCACCUUCCAGCAGGACAAUGACCCCAAACACACUGCUAAAGCAACACUUGAGUGGUUUAAGGGGAAACAUGUAAAUGUGUUGGAAUGGCCUAGUCAAAGCCCAGACCUCAAUCCAAUAGAAUUGCAGUAAACAAGCGCAAACCAUCCAACUUGAAGGAGCUGGAGCAGUUUUACAAGGAGGAAUGGGUAAAAAUCCCAGUGGUAAAAUGUGGCAAGCUCAUAGAGACUUAUCCAAAGCGACUUGGAGCUGUGAUUGCCACAAAAGGUGGCUCUACAAAGUAUUGACUUUAGGGGGGGGGGAGUAGUUAUGCACAUUGACUUUUCUGUUUAGACCUAUUUAUUGUUUGCUUCACAAAUUUAAAAAAUAAAUAAAAUCUUCAAGGUUGUGGGCAUGUUCUGUAAAUUAAAUGAUGCAAAUCCUCGAACAAUCCAUGUUAAUUCCAGGUUGUGAGGCAACAAAAUAAGAAAAAUGCCAAGGGGGUGAAUACUUUUGUAAGGCACUGUAAAACAUUGUGUGAUGUCCAAACUUGAUCCCUACUUCCUGAUUGCAGAGGUUGCCCACUCCUUCAUCCCUUUCUUGGGCACCUGAUAACUUUCUGCCUGAUCUGAGCCACAAAACCACACUGUUUGGAAAUUGAUUUAAAUAAUUUGCCUGCUAAGCUACUGCAGUAAUUUCGGUAUUUUCAUUGUGAGCAGAAAUGCCCUAUACAGGCCUGGAUGUACGACAAGGUGUAUUAAACUAGGGUGGGUUAGAGCAGCUCAGGUCAGCACAGAAAGGUUUUGUUGUUGCAGCAUUGUCGUUGUGUCCUCAUCACUCGUUUUGUUGCAGUAAUGUUGUUCUGUUCACCCGUUGACCUGCACUGUGGAGUUUUUUGAUCGUUUAUUAAUGCUAACGCUCUGCUUUUAUGUAAAUCCCUAAUCUUUGCUUCCAUUUGUUAGACUUGCUCGGACUGGGAUGAAGGCCUGUUUUCCACUCUGAAUGCUGCCCAGUCUCCAUCACGCAAGGAGAAGGUGGGUGCGGAGAGAUUUACUGCGCAUUCGCUGUCUGACGUGAUGUAAACAGACUUCACACAUGUCAUGACUCCCAGUAAAUGUAUCUGUUCAGGAUUAGCCCGGGUCGGCGUUUCACAAGCUUAAUAAAUCGGUAACUUGUACAGCUUGGAACAAAUGUUCUCUGAACUGGCAGCCGCUCAAUAAACUGCCGCCUCAAACGUGCCUUGCACUGCUACAGCGAUUUCAGCGUAUUUCUGUGUGUGUGUGUGUGCCGAACAUUUUGAAAAGGUGUUGCUUUUUCUUUUUUUUUUUUCUUUUUUAGAAAAAUAGUUCUUCAAAGAGAUUUUGUAUCCAGGACACGAGCUGCUUGGGCCGAUCUCACAAGACAUCACUGCGCACAGACCCUCGCUGUCUGUUUACACCUUUACUGGGUGCGUUCUCUUUGCCAGGUGAUGGGGGGGACUCACAGGAAAUCUUACAUGAAAAUGGGAUUGAUGGGCGACCGCACUGGAAACUGUUGGAAUAUAAAGCGACCUUUCCUAGUAAUUGUGGAGUGCUACCACUAAGUCGCACAAAAGUAUAAAUUGAACAGGAAUUCCAUACCGCAAGAUAUUCCAGGAAUUUUCAGAAAAUAGAAAUUCCACAAAGAUCUUUGUUUUUAACCCUCCGUAUACUGUACAUUUAGCUCCCUUGCAUAGAAACAAAUCCGUGUUAUGACUCUAAAGCUUAUUUUACUCUUUCUGUCAGAUGCCCUCACGCUGGAAAUUCUGCAGCUGUACCCCCGACUCUGCUCGCGGAGUUACCCCAACGCACGAACCCGGAGUCCGAGAUCCGAAUCAUCUAAACACAGAGAUCAGACUAAGUCUACAACGUCAAGGGGAGCUCUGCUGAUCCGGAACAAGUGAGUGUGUUCCAUUCACUGAUCUUUAACAUAUUGUAUCCGGGCAGGUCUUGCGGGCGUGAUUCAUCACACGUUGCGCAAUGUUCGGCUAAGUCAGGUUUUGUUGUGUGUGAUUUGUCUUUUGUUUAAUUGUCCCUCGUUAACCUUCUUGGAAAACGUUCCAUCUGUCCAUACAUGGCUGAGGGGUGGCGUUGGUCCCACAAAGUACGGUUUAUGUUCUACAUGGUGUGGUUUAACUCUUGAACUGGUGUGUGACCUGGAAAAACGGCUGACUGAAACUUGUGUAAUAUGCAGUUAAUGAUCUGUUGGAAGAUUUUAAAUGUACAUUUUAUGAUUGAUUUUUUUGGGGGGGAUUUUUAAAGUAUUGUUUUUGGAUUUGAUUCCAUGACAUUUAGCUGAAUUUGUUUGGUGUUCUCCCAUCCCCCCAUCUCCCCCCUCUCUCUGUCCCCCCACCGAUCUCAUUAUCAUUGAGGGAAUUUGCAGUAAAUGAGAAACCUCUAUUGAUAAACGGGACUGUCCCUGCCAGAGCUCUUACUAUUCUGUAAUGUCCCCCACGUUUGUGAGGUUUGAAGAAUAUCUUUUUACUGUGGAAAUCAACACGGUUGUAUUUAGUUCGAUCUUGGAUCUGUGUGCCGCCAUCUUGGCUCAAUCAUCGCAUGUUAUUGUAUACUCAGGGGACAGAAAAUGGCUAGUUUGUAUUUAUAUAUUUUCUCCUAUAAAGUUCAUAAUUUGUAGGAAAGAUCCAAACACCAUAACCUCUACCGUGUUCCUUGGAGUCGUCCUGGGGAAAUUAGUAAAUUUGUGACUGAUUUAACAACUUACCUGGGGUCCAUUGGCACUGUUCACCUCCUUCAGCUGUCUGCUCUGAGCUAGCCGGCUAUGGGUUGGACCCCCGGGCCCUUCUGGAGGCUGUGACGAACUCUGACCAAACUCAGAUUGAUUACUUACCCUGGAAGGGCGCCAAGUCAUUCCUGGCACUAUAAUCACUGCAGUCCACAAAUUGGGGAGAGUCCAGUAAACGAAGAAUUGACCAGGGAACUUCAUUUUUUAUUUAUAUAUAUUUUUUUUUAUGCCAAAACUGAUGCACUGGAGGCACAAUUACUGACAAAUUCCUUGUUUUACUCUGCUCUCUGUUUAAUGAUAAACCACCUUAAAUUCCUAAUGUUCCCUUUCUGAAGGGUUAACAUUAAUCUCAUCCGAGGGAGGAUCCUUUCAAUGGAAAUAGGUUUUUUAAUAUUUGGUUCCUGAAUCUGUCUGAACAGGUCAGAUCUAAAAUCGCUUUCAGGGAAUCCCCGAGAGCACGCACAUUGCACCUAAAACAUAAUUAUUUCGACCAUGGCAGUUCCUCCAUUUUGUCAAACGUAGGGAAAUACAUAAAAGAAAGUUAAUAUCUCUAGUUUGCCUCUUUUGACAGUGAAAUUAAAAUAAUCUUAAUGAGCAUUUCAUUACAGUAUUUAUCUUUAGUAAAUACUCCUAAUUUUUGGGGUGUUGGGGGAGAGGCAGAGGUGCUUUAAUUCGUGUCUGUUAGUCCACCCAUUGUACAGCGCUGCAGAACUUGUUGGCGAUUUUAUAAAUAAUAUCAUCAAUGAGCAUACAUUUUAUUAUCUUCUGCCACUGAUUUAGGAAUCCGAUUCACAGUCUUAGACUUGGAUUUAGAAAUGUUUUUACAGACUUGUAACUGAAAAUAUUUGCUUUUUUUUUUUUAUGGCUUUUUCUACAGGCCCUCCUGUGCACCUCUUGUGUUUGCAGCCCCUGUCUCCAUUCAGGGCCUGGGGUGAAUAAAUACGUCGAUAAAGGGAACAUUUCUGCAAAGGUGCAAUUUCCAAGGAAGCAAACACUAAAAAUCCCAAAUAACAUCUUAAUUUUUAAUUUAUAUUUAGAGUUUGAAAUAUUUCAUCAUAAAUUGGUUAAUCCAGGCACAGCCAAGGCACACAAUGCAAAUGAAGUGGAGGAGAAACCUCCACAUUUAUGUUGUAUUAAAGGACCACUACAGACACCCAGGCCACUUCAGCUCAAUGAGGGUGCCAGGUCCCCCUAGUUUUAACCCUGCAGCUGAAAAUAUAGCCGUUUCAGAGAAACUAUGUUUACACUGCAGGGUUAAUUCAGACUCUAGUGGCUGUCUCCCUGACAGCUACUAGAGGCCGCUUCUGCGAUUUACACUGAGCAAGUCACACUUAUUUGACGCUGGAUGUCCUCGUGGGCCUCCAGCGUCAAAAAAACACUAUAGGAAAGCAUUGAGUAAUGCUUUCCUAUGGGCGGGUUUGAAUGUGGGCACCUCUGGCUGCGCAUGCGCAUUCAGCUCCACUUGGGAGCUGACGUUGAUGGAGAGGUCACCAGUGCCGAGGAGCUGGAUUAACCCCUUAAGGACCAAACUUCUGGAAUAAAAGGGAAUCAUGACAUGUCACACGUCAUGUGUCCUUAAGGGGUUAAGGUAAGAAAAUAAAUGGUUAACCAUUUAUUCGCCACAGAAUGGGCCCCUAGUCACCAUUUAGGUGUAUUCCUAACGCAUAGUGUUCCUUUAAGGUGGCUGUGCACCCCUAGUUAUAGAUGUGGUCAGUCCCAGCCUCCCUAUAUGUGGUUACGUAAAGCGUUCUAACUGUACUCAAGGCAUUCUAGGCGGAUGUGAUACCAGAGGUAGCCCUGCUACAGAGCUCAAACGCCUGUGAUAAGUGAUAUUUGUAGGGUUACCUGGUCCCCUUGCGGGCCGUGUGAGUCGAACAGAUAAGCCAUUUGCGUGACCCGAACUCCAGAUAUGUGGACGCUGCGCGCAGUCGUAAAGGCCCACAAGAAGUGCCACUUUUCCACUUCUAAGUGGUCCAUGUCAAUCCAUCUCCAUUCACGCAAGUUCUGGGGUCUCAGGUGUGACGUGGAUCAAAUUACACCAAAUACUAUAUAUAAAGCUCUCUAGCCCCAAAGUUCUUUACGAUUACUCUGUCUCCCUGUUAUUCUGAGCUAGGCUUCUAUUUGGCUAAGAUUUCUGUUUGUACGUCAAGAUCGUCCACUCUAAGGUCCGGUAAUAAGUCUGUUCUAUCUGGUCUGCUAUUGUUAUCCUACACCCUGCGUGUCCUGUGACUAUAUUGCAGAUAAAGGGGGAGUCUGUAUCUGUGUGUUUGUCACUUUUUAAAAUCCUUUAUUUAUAAAUUCGAAAUCUUCUAGUCUUCACUUUUUAGUUCACAUCCUGCAGGUUAAGAGGAAGCACUUUAUAAUUUUAUAUUUGUGUAAUGCACAACUUUCUCUAAUUUCUCUGCUCCGGCCUCUCCUUCCAGCUUCGUGAAAGGAAAUCUUUAUUUUCCUCUUGCUUGAUCGCGAUUGGCGUUUAUUUUGGAAUUUCCUCCAAUUAUAUUUGUCCUCCUGUAGGGAAUUAGUCCUAAAACCAGCUGAUGUUUUAGAUCAUCCGAGUUGGAGGAAUUGGCCCCUAAGCGAUGUUGUAACACUGCGUAUAUCCUAAAAAUGCUGUGUUACUGGUUAUUUCUCAUUUUGGUAUCACAAUGUCCUCCAGUAAGAAAAUGUGAUUUUCCUUUACAGAAGUUAAAUUCCAUGUUGUAUUAUGGCACACCCCAGUCAUUACCUUGACCACCAUGUAUGUUUGGCAGGUCGUCGGACUGGGCUGUAAAAUUAAGCAGCUGGAUAACCAGGGUAUGAAUACUUUGCUCUGGAUGGAGGUGGGGGUAGAUUUCUGUGGGUACAGGGCUUUAAUACAGUAGUUUUGGAGUUGCUGGAAUACUAAAUAAAUAUUUAGUAGAAGUAUGUCAUUUGUUUUGCAUUUAGGGGUGGAUAAGAAUUUUGUCUUGCAAAUGCUGCAGAUUUCAUGUCUGCAGCCUUUGCAAGCCCUCCCCUUCUAACCCCGCCCAUACUUUCUGUGACUGUCCAAUCAGACUUCCCAAUGCAGCUCAAUGAGAAGUCUUUGCAAGGCAGGUGCUCUGGGCAUUUGCUGCCUAUUGUGUUUAGUUUAAGACACCCCUGGCACAGAGGAGUGAAACCGCCGUUUAGUUGAGCUCCCCCUCUUUAGUAAUACAGGCUCAAUUCGUGUAGACCUCAAAUUCACGAACUGAAGCCAGGGGAAUACGCCAACCUCCUGAACGGUAUCCGUACGAGUCCUCCAAACUCCCGAACAAUAAAUCCACGAAUCGCGGGUAACCGCCGAACAAAUCUAAUCUCCAAGCAGCUUACGUUUCCAGCAAUCAGUCGCUAACCGUGUGUAGUAAAUUCCCCCCCCCAAUAAUGAGACCAAGCUCCGCAUAGAUGGUAAAACAAGAACUGGCUCUACUGUGGGCUACCCGCCCGUAUUUAUGCAGGUCUCCCACUUGGUGGACACUCCCCUAGGGGACCAAAUGGGAGACUGUAACCACGGACAGACAUGUAUCAGUUUAGGACAUACAGUCACAGAAUAUUCCCACAAUGCAUUCUGGCUUCCUCCCCUCUGCCCUGGAGAUAAUUGAGAAGUAAUUCAAUUAUCUCCCAGGACCGAGGCAAAUCGCCAUUUUAAAUGAAAAAUUUAAAAUACAUAAAAAUAAGUAAUUGUACAAAUACCGAACAUAUUAUAUUCGUGCAACGUAUCCCCAGGUAGCCUGGAUCUGAGUGCAUAUUCCUACCGAACAGAGCUCAGAUCCCAUACGCACAGUUCAAUCGCCAUGGAGUCAAACUCUUUUACAGGUCUUUCGGUAUGCGAUUGACUUCAUGGGAUGGCUAUUUGGGUUAAGUCCAUUCGUAUUAUCCAGACUCCUGAACGAACCGGUGUUCGCAUGCCUUGACGAAUGAGAAGGGCGGUCGGUAGUUUCAGCGGUGUUCAGUAGAAAGUGUCAGUUUUUAGUUCCAUAGAAUCUGCACUGAACACUGCUGGUCUUUCGUGUGUUUUAAAAUGGCCGCCGCCAAAAAGACGAAUAGGGGCAUACGGACAGGCAAUUCCGCGAAGGGAGGCAAACUAGACGAAUCAGCCACACCAGUCAUACAGAUGGAUCUGUCACAGUUUCCAUUGACCUAAACAAACCAGGAUGUAACGGGACCGGUUGUGUGACAGAUGGGGGAGAGGGGUUAAUUUAUAAAAGUGUAAUUUUCUAUUGAAUUCACAUAGCACUAACAUGCUUGAUGUUUUUGGAGUUCUCCUUUUAAUGCUGUGGAUGCAGAGUGUGUGAUAAACAUCAGCCGUUUGGUUUAUAGAAUACUCUGACUUCAUUCAUAGUUUUGGAGAUUUCAUCCAGUUUACACAAUGGUUUUCUUUAGGGUCGGACAUGGGAUGUUAUGGGGCUGAAGCUCUGGGUAUUUUUGCCUUUGACAGACCUGUGCACUAAGACUGAAUUUUUGGAUGUUCCUGCAAGCUCCUGAUCUGCUCACAUUUGUGUGAGUGAAGAUUACUUCAAUGGGGUCUCAUAAAAAAAACACCUAGUUUUAGUAGAUAUGUAUCGUAGGCAUAAAACACUAAAAAGCACAACCUAAAAAGUACAAAGGGAGACCAAUAGUGCAGACUGUAAAAUAAAAAACAUACCAUAAAAGAAAACGAAAAUGCACUCACAAACAAAGAUAUAAAUAGGCAGGGUAUAGUCAGUCUUCUUAAAAUGCUUCUUCUCUUCUCAGUGUAGAGAUGGAUGCUUAAAACAAAGCACAAAGACAGACCAUAGUGUAUAACUGUAUAGUAUUAAGAAUGUAGCUUUAUUGGAUACACUUACAAAGUAACAGUAGUAAAUGGGCUCUUCAAAUCAAAACUCGAUGUCUUCCACCAAAGCAAAAUAUAACCAUCAGGAUAUAGAGAGAUAUGGAGACAAGGGAGAUGGAGAGAUCCUCAAUAAAAAAUAUAAAUACAAAACAAAGCUUGCCACCCUACGCGUUUCGUCUCAAUGACUUCAUCAGGGGCUUGUGGCAACAAUAUAUACAAAAUACAAACAUGUAAACACUUAAAUACCCUGCCUUAAAAAAAUUCAGCCAAUCCUAAAAGUGCCUUCAAUCAGAAACAUCUGCAGAUAAUUUUCUCCGUCGGGUUUCUUUAUCCUUUUGCGCUUCUAAAGGCGCGUGCGCUCCAAGCCUCGUUUUCACAAUACCGGAAGUCCCAGUUCAUCUAUAUCUGAAACGCAAAUGCGUUCCACUCCGUCCGGAAACAGGAAAGAAAGGUCUGAAUUGGGGCACAGAUGCGUAUAGAUUCCUCCAAAACCGGAAACAGAGUCCGAAAUGGAAGGCAAAUGUGUUCCACUUCUUCUACAAAGGAUGAUAGCCAAUUCUAUAAAUAUGGAACACAAAUACGCUUCGAGGGAAGAGAAUACGUCACAGAAAUAAAAUAAAUAUGAAUAACAGAAAAAUAAAAUUGAGAAUAAGUAGAUCGUAUAAAAUUUGAUCACAAUCCAUAAAAAUAAUAAUAAUAAUAAUGAACAAGGAUAAUCAAAAUCCUCAUAAAAUUUUUUUUUUUAUAUAAAAUACAAAAACUGAUUCAAAAAGCAUGCCAUAUCAAAAUCUACAUUUAUACCUUCUGGUUGCAUAGUUUUCAAAGUAUGAAUCCAAAAACCUUCUUUGUCUUAAUUUAAGCACCAGAUCUCCACCUCUCGCAUCUAAAGACACCUUUUCAAUCCCAAUACACGAAAAAGUACUUGGAUUGAAAUUCUGACACCUAUUACAAUGAACGGGAACUGAAUGGGUUAAUAAUUUAUUUUUAAUAUUAUUAAAAUGUCUUAAUUUAAGUACCAGAUCUCCACCUCCUAAUUUGGGGUAUUUAUAUUUUAUAUUUUUCCCCCCGUUUGAUAGCCACAAGGGUUGCUUUGCAUUGUUUGCAAAUCACUAUAUUUUGUUUGUAUAAUGUAUCGUAGGCAGAAACUUCUGCUCAAGAUCUGGAAACUCCUGAGCCAUUCUCGGUCUGUUAUUUAACGCUCCGUGCAAAUCUGGGGUGGGCAAUGUAUCUGUGGAAAGAAUGAAGAGAGAAACGAAUGAUGUAAAUGUUUCUCUGCACAUGCGGCUGGUACACGAUGUCUGCACAGCAUGGAGAUACUGUAUAACGUAAACAAUCUGCAGAGUGUCGAAACCGCACAACCCAUGGCCAGGUAACCAAUGUGUCGGUGCAGCCUAUAUAUGUCCAUACUGAAUCCCCUCACUUAAAGGGACAGUCACCAAAACAACUUUAAUUUAAUUAUUAUUAUUGCCAUUUAUAUAGCGCCAACAGAUUCUGUAGCGCUUUACAAUAUUAUGAGAGGGGGGAUGUAACUAUAAAUAAGACAAUUACAAGAAAACUUACAGGAACUAUAGGUUGAAGAGGACCCUGCUCAAACGAGCUUACAGUCUAUAGGAGGUAGGGUAUUAGAAACGUUAGGACAGGAAAUAUCAAAUAGGGUGGGAGUGAAGCAGAGCUGGAGGAGAGAGUAAAGCACUGUCCUAUAGAAAGCAAGAGACAGGUAUGUAAGGUAGAGAUUACUCUAGUAGACCAUAAGCUUUCCUAAAGAGAUGGGUUUUAAGGCCCUUCUUAAACGAUUGAAGACUAGGGGAGAGUCUGAUGGGGGUAGGCUGGCUAUUCCAUAGGAAGGGAGACGCCCGCGAGAAGUCCUGCAAGCGCGAGUUGGCUGUACGGGUGCGAGCAGCGGACAGGAGGUGGUCACGGGCAGAGCGGAGGGAACGAGGAGGGGCAUACCCAGGGCCGGACUGGGGAUACGAAGCAGCCCUGGAAAAAAAUCUAUGCCAGCCCCAUAAGUCAUUGUGCUAUGUAGGGUGUUAUAUAUUAAAGGACCACUAUAGUGCCCUGAGGGUGCCCCCACCCUCAGGGUCCCCCUCCCGCCCGGCUCUGGAAGGGUGAAAGGGGUAAAAACUUACCUUUUUGCAGCGCUGGGCGGGGAGCUCUCCUCCUCCGAUCCUCCUUCUCUCCUCCCCGUCGGCUGAAUGCGCACGCGCGGCAAGAGCUGCGCGCGCAUUCAGCCGGUCACAUAGGAAAGCAUUAUCAAUGCUUUCCUAUGGACGCUGGCGUGCUCUCUGUGAAAAAUCACAGUGAGAAGCACGCAAGCGCCUCUAGUGGCUGUCAAUGAGACAGCCACUAGAGGAAAUAGGGGAAGGCUUAACCCAUUCAUAAACAUAACACUCUGAAACUGCUAUGUUUAUGAAAAAAUGGGUUAACCCUAACUGGACCAGGCACCCAGACCACUUCAUUAAGCUGAAGUGGUCUGGGUGCCUAAAGUGGUCCUUUAAUGUGUGUGUGUGUGUGUGUGUGUGUGUAUGUAUAUGUGUGUGUGUAUAUGUAUAUGUAUAUGUAUAUAUAUAUAUAUAUAUAUAUAUAUAUAUAUAUAUAUAUAUAUAUAUAUAUAUAUAUAUAUAUAUAUAUAUAUAUAUAUAUAUAUAUAUUUUUACAUUUCUUCUUCUAAUUCAAAAUAUUAGUCCUUUCAGGGUAAUUAAAUUAUACAGUAAAGCAUACUCACAGACACAGACAAUCUUACUGAUGCACACAAAUAGGCUCAUUGACAGACCGGCUCAAUGACACACACAGACAAGGUUACUGGCAGACACACACAAAUUUAGGACAGACAAACUCUGAUACACACACAAGCUUACUACAGACAAGCUCACUGUCACACACACACGCUCAUUACAGACAAGCUCACUGAUGCGCACACACUCUCCCUACAGACAAGCCCAUUGACACACACAUGCUCCCUACAGAAGAGCUCACUAACACAGAUUCAUUACAGACAAGCUCACUGACACACACAUGCUCACUACAGACAAGCUCACUGACACACAUGCUCACUACAGACAAGCUCACUGACACAUAUGGUCACUACAGACAAGCUCACUGACACACACGCUCACUACAGACAAGCUCACUGACACAUAUGGUCACUACAGACAAGCCCACGAUCACACCCAUACUCCUUACAGACAAGAGCUCACUAACACACACACAUAUGAUCCCUACAGACAAGCUCAAUGACACACAUACAAGCUCACUCACUAGCAGGCACACACACACAGAGGCUCCCUCACUAGCAGGUGCGCACACACACACAGAGGCAGACAGUCACUGACACCGAGGCAAACAUCCACACAUACACACAGGCAGACAGCCACACACACACAGGCAGACAGCCACACACACACAGGCAGACAGCCACACACAGUCACAGUGACACACUGACCUCCUUCUUACCUCCUGCUUGGAGCUCCUGGAGGCUGGUUGUUGGGGAAGCAGGGACUCCUUCCUGCUUCCCAUGCUGCAAAUAGCCGGGCCCGCCGCACAGUAAGCUCCGCCUCCGCCGCACGCUAAGCCCCGCCCCCACCGCACAGUAAGCUCCGCCUCCGCCGCACGCUAAGCCCCGCCCCCGCCGCACAGUAAGUUCCGCCCCCGCCGCAAAUUUUUUUUUUUUUAAUCAUCCCGGGCGGCCAUGUGUGAGCCGGCCGCCUGGCUCCCCUUGCUCCCCUGGCUCCCAUGGGGCUAUGUGCGGCCGCACAGCUCACACACGGCCGCCGGGAUCACAGGAGCUGUCAGACCGGCCCCAGGUGCCGCGGCCCACCGGGAAAUUUCCCGGUAUCCCGGUGGGCCAGUCCGGCCCUGGGCAUACCUAGGGUUUCCCUACUGCCGGUGGUGUCAGGGUGUGUGUCUCCAGAGGUCAAAGUUCACCAGGUGUUGCUAGCCACACCUAGUGCUGGACACCGUUAUGGUGUAUAGAUUAUGCCCCUGAUGUCUCACGGCUCAAUUCACUGCCAUUUAGGAGUUAAAUCACUUUGUUUCUGUUUAUUCAGCCCUAGCCACACCUCCCCUGGCUGUGACUGACACAGCCUGCAUGAAAAAAAAUGGUUUAAUUUUCAUUCAGUUGAUAAAUUACUUUAAAAGUUUGUAUCUCCUGCUCUUUGAAUUGAACUUUAAUUACACAUAGGAGGCUCCUGCACAGUGUCUAGAAGGCUAUCGACAGAGCUGGAAACAAAUUCUAAACUAAACAGAAUUUACCAUAAAGGAAGUGUAAACAUUAGAUCUCUCAUUACAGGAAGUGUUUAAGAAGUCUGUGUAAGCCACAUGUAGGGAGGUGUGAUUAGGGCUGCGUAAACAAAGUGAUUUAACUCCUAAAUAUCAGAUUUGCGCAGUGAGUGUGCCGGGGCAUGAUCUAUACACCAAAACUGCUUCAUUAAACUAAAGUUGUUUUGGUGCCUAUGGUGUCCCUUUAAAUGUAACAUGGACUAUACAGAGUGCCCCUGACCCCGCAGCAGUGUCGCCCACAAUGCCAUGGGGUAGUUCUUCCAAACUCGGAUAUUGUAGAAAUAUGCUUUCUCGUGUUUGUGUCCAAGACUUCUUGAAGUCCAAAAUGAGAUGUGCAGAUGAACAAUAGUGAUUUUAUUUUAUUUUCUAUUUGCACAGUGAGGAGUUUUGUGUCUGGUAUAUAUAUUGUGUGUUCUGAUCUGUUUGUUUGUUGGUUCAAUGUGUUUAGAUUUUAUUGUAAACCCCCACCAUAUGUGCCAUAAAAUCGUUCACAUGUUUGUCUCCUGUAACAUGCCUGGACACUUUAUUUGUAGAUGGGGAACGGUGUCUGUUGGCAGUCAGACAGAUGCGGGAGACUCUGUUAAUGGUGACAUGGACGUUCCCUUUGAGGUGAGAGCCUGGAAUUUAAUUUGUCUGAUUUCACUUAUCUCUGAAAAUAUCCUGAGGAUCAAUCCAUGAGAGCCAACUCAUUCCUUUUAACCUGCCAGCUGUUCCCUUAUGUGAACAUGUCUAUAAAAUUCAGGUGCCCCCAUUAUUAGUACUUUGCACCAGGGGAGAUUAUGGGCAGUGCCAAUGGGUAGGUGGGAGGGCAGUGCCAAUGGGAUGUGUGGGUGGUGCCAAUUGGAUGUGGGUGGGCAGUGCCAGUAGGAUGGGUAGGUGGGUGGGCAGUGCCAGUACUACUUUUACUCCUUUUCUUUUUUUUCCUAAACACAUGGUGUAUUUUGGUAUUCCACUCCAAAAUUGUGGAGUGUUGUUGAUGCAGAGCACUGCUUUCCAGCAGAGGUGGUGGUGGAAGUGUUGAAGGCUUGGUAUUUACAUACUGGGUAUAAUAUAGCUAUGCGAAUGUAAAAUGUGUGUCAAUGGCAUCGCUGUGGGUAAACAGAAGACUGAGCGUGCAUUGGAUCAGAUAAAUGGUGUGUCAUUAUUAUUGCUCAAAGAAUUAGAAUAAACCAAUAACACAAGGCUACAUCUUAGUCCAGGGCUUGUCAUUCAGCAUUAGGCGUUUGAUUUCCAGUGUUAUGUAUCAGAUUAUAACGUGCAAUACGGUGGCCACUGGUAGGAAUGGGGAGAUUUCCUGAUGCCUUUAACCUCAUGAUCUAGUUAAAAGUUGCCGUUUAAUAGGGUAUCACAUUUUAUAUAAUUCUUUUUAGACUAACUUGACCUGUAAUGUGUUCUAACCCCGCAGCCAAUCUGCAUCACACCGUAUCGAUCUGAUGGCUUGUGCCAAGGUCAGCGACCACCAUUACUAUCUGCCUCUACCCAUUCCUUCUGUGCCAUCUCCGCUCAAUGCCACUUUAAUAAACUGGUGGCCCACAUUCAGCUCCCUUCUGUUUAGUGUCCUCAAUUUACAUAAUUCCAGAACAUUUUUCAGUUCCCACUUCUAUAUCUUAAAAGGCCAUCUGGGUGGCACCUUCUAGAUGUCAGGCUCGGAGUUCUGCCUGAUGGCUUCCUUGUUACAGGAAACUGUAGUAACUUUUACUUCCCUUUUUUAUAUAUUGUAACUUGAUGGCUACAUAUCAUUCUCCUCUCAUUCUUCUCUGGGUUUCAUCAUUCAUGGGGUAAGCCUUGCCAGGCCUCUAACUCUCUGCUUUCCUGGCGUGUAACCGACAUGGUUAAUCAACCUACUGGGGGGCGAUUCAGUUCCUGUAACGGCCUCGUGAGAGGUGUUGAACUCCUUUUUAGAUAUCCUCCUUCAUGUCAGUCUUUACAAUGAGGAACUCUGCACUUUAAUUUAUCCCUUUGUACAAGAUCUACUCACCUGUUUAGUGCUAGAAAAAGAUUUUGAUGUGGACGUGAUGGGGUUAAUUACUGGAUGGUAUGUACCCGCUACUGAAUAUGGAAAUAUUUAUCAAAACAAAUGAUCUGCCUUGUGGUUGGCGACUGUGCGGCUGAAAUUCUUCUCUUGUACAUCUGCUUAAUGUUUCUGUUAACCCAUGAAACUCUCGGCUUUGCUAAAUAAAUGCUUUUAAUAAAAUGCAUUUUGGGGAAGUAUAUUAUAAUCUCUCUCGACUUUCCAGCCACCUGCUGUAGAUAACAGUUCUGCUUUGUAUAAUGUAACGUAAAUGUGUCCGUACAUGUAAAUAUAUUUAGCUUUUUACACUUUGUGCGACGCAUGUUGCUGGUAAAUGUUUACAUCUUUAUUUUCUGUCCGUGAGUGAGUUGUGGUGGUGCCUGACCCGCGUCUCGCUAUAAAUCGUACAAUGUGGUUCACUGCAGUAUAAAUGCGAGCUGCCGUCUCGCCAGCAUGAAGAGAGUUAAUGCCUCUGGCCAUGGCUUGUGGCUAUGAACAAGACACGUGGCACUUAAAUAUCUUUUUAUCUGUAUGUCCUGUAACCGUAAACAUGGAGAAAUAUUCGCUCUGCACUAAAAGGGAAAGUAAAAAGUUUGGUAUCAUUUCUGGGACUAGUUAAGAACAUUUUGAUUCUUCAUUAUGGCCCAGCUGAAGUGACUUUCUUGUGGAUAUGCAAGCCACUGGCCGCGUGGUAUCUGGUCACUGCGGCUCGGGGGAACCCGUGGAUUUGAAUGUCUUACAUUAAAUUCAGCGGGCCCCCACUUCCUACAGCGUGGGAGCCUGGAAAAUGGGCGUAUGACCGAACGCAGAGCGAACCAGGGCUAAACCGCACUUUUAUUCUUUCUAUAGAUCUUGUUUUUCCCCCAUAUUACGGUUUUGCGUGACCCACAAGCAGAAAAUGAUGAGAAAAUGAUGGGCGCUAAGUAUGGAAAGGUAUUUUUCAACCAAGUCCUCUUAAUAUAAAAGGCAACGUGCAACAUGGUUUCCUAAGCUUCCAUAAACCAUGUAAAUUCAGUGUGAUGUUUAAAGUAACGGAAUAGUUUGUGGUCCGUCAAUUUAUUACGAUUGUUUUACUCCUUUUAGCAGCUGCUAAUUGCUGUUUAAAGUAAUAACGUGGAGGGUUUCUCUGAGAGAUUACACGUAACACAAACAUCAUUUUAAGUAGUUUUAAACACAUGGCUUUUUAUAAAGCUUUAUUUAUAGCUAGGAUACGUCUUCCUGUCAGCUCGAACUCUGUGUCCUGUUUUGUAACUUUUUUUUCUUCAUAAAAACAAAAGUUUAAGCCAUUGUGAGCUUUGUUACCCAAAGAUGAACAAAAUAUCAGAUUUUAUGUCCUAUUGAGCAAAUGGAAAAUUCUCUAAUCCUCUAAUCCUUGCAACAUUGUGAAAUUUCAAACAUUUAUCUUCUGCGCCCAAAUAACGAUUCUGUGCGCACAAAACCCAGAUUAAAAAAAGAUUUCAGAAAAAGUUAGUUUUGUUUUUCCUCUUAGUAAACUUCCAUCUAAACAACAUCAUCAUUGCCAGCAGUCACUUAAUUUCGUUUUCUGAUUUUCUUUCGUUUAAGUGGUGGAAGUGCGUACACUUUAAUUACAGGAGAUCUUUUACAGCUUGCAAAUGACCUUGAAAAGAGCAGCACUUGGUCUGAGAACAAUAACCUGCCAUCAUUUCAAGCUUGUCAGAAAAGAUUCAAAUUACCGGAGCAGAAAUAGCCAGGAUUUGCAUGUGGGGACUGUUGGCGUCAUGUUAGAACUCAGAGUACUUGGCACAUCUGACUCGUACGUAGAGCCCUGACCCACACGCAGACCCAGCCGGUUACCUGCUUCUUGGGGGAGGAUGUGAGGAACUGGGGGGAUGUUUCGGGGUUAAAUCAUUUUAAUAUAAGACUGGGGGUGCCAUUUACAUGGAGAACGGGGAGUCGGACUCCUGUUUUGCCUUUAUGGAAAUUAGCUGCAUUUCGAGAGGACGCUGUAUGGAAAGCAGUCUGUAGCAUCAUUUGUCCUCGUUUUAUAUUUCCAUAGCCUUAUUGUUCUGUUAACUCUUGAAGCGGCUGUUAUUCUGCAAUAAAACACUUGCAUCUGGGUUCUAGACUUUCCAAGACUCGCUCUGUGUGUUUGCGGUGAGCUGGGAGUAACUUGGUUUUACUGGGACUGUGGGGCAGGUUAAAAGAUUUUUGCUGGAGAGGAACAUGGUCUUGUUACCACUGGGUGUCAAGGUAAUGGUGGUACUACUGGAGGGGUGUGGUUGGUGGUCUUCUAGAGUGUCCUGUAUUCAUGGAACUCGUGAAGAAAGUGGGAUUGGGGGGGUGGGAGUUGAUUAAAAAAAAAAAAAAGUCUUGCUUGCAUGGUCACACGAGGCAUUGGGCAGUAUGUGGCCAGUUUUACGAGGAAGUGGGUUGUUGGAUGAGAAUAGAUUUUAAAAUGUAAUUUAUACCAAGAACAGUGUAUCUUAUUUCCACAGACUGAUUUUUAAAUACAUUUAUCAUAGUUUAAAGACACAUUACUGGGAGUGUUAUUGCUGUGGAGCUCCUAGAAAAGGGGAACAGAGGGAUUUGGAUCUAAAAUCGGGACACUUGGGAAGUAUGAAUAAGGUGUGUGAUUGGGCUCUUAUUGAGGAAGUGAAAUGACCUGUCUGUUUGUGGUUAUUAGGUGCUGGGAUCGGAGCAUCGAGUUGCGGAUAAUAUUUGCAGGUAAUUCUCGUUCAGCCGUGGUAUUUGAAUAUGGAUAUUUAACGUUCCGUGUCUCAUCGUCUUUCCGUGUGCUCUUUGAACAGACUGGAUAUAACCUCGCAGACAGCUGCCGAUGGCUUUUCCUCAUCUCUGGAGAACACACUCAUCUCAUCUGGUAAACGAAACGUCUGCAUCUUUCUAAGACCUAGAUAGAGCUAUUUGUAGAUAUUCUCUGGAUCUAGAUUUGGAGGAAUUGUCUGAAAGCAUCCAGCAGAGUGCCAUGCAGCCUGAAUUUUUUUCAGAAAUCCCGAAUUUCAGAUCUGCCCAUGUAUUCUAAAGAUGGAAUCUUGGUACCCUAGGCUAUACAACGCUACAGACUACGUUGGAACCUUGUAAAAUGAUUACCUUGUGUUACUCUGUAGGGGUUAAAACUAAAUACAAUGGUGUUUGGUCCUUGCUCAGAGUUGGGCAAAUCCUAUGAUAUAUAUGGCAUGGCUUUGGUCCUAAAGCAGUUAAUUUAGAGAAGAUCUCUUUCGUGACUGGUAUUGUUUGUCAGUUAUUAUGUAUAUAUUGUGUAUUGGAAUAAAUCUGUCUACUUCAAUAUCUCAGAACCAGACGCUGAACUGUGCGUGAUGGAGGCGAGCGAUGCGUCUGGGAAGGAGAGAGAGACAGCUGCGUCUGAGGGAAGUCUAGGUGAGCUAAACGUCUGCGUGGUGACCUUCUCGGGGUAUAUUGACAAAACACUGAAUGUUACUGAAAUAAAAAGCAAAUCCCGACUUUUUUUUUUUUUUUGCAAAAAUAGCUAAACUGUGUCUGUCGAGUAUUUGAAGUGAAAUUCACAUUUAAGGUCAGAAUAGUUGAGCUGGAAGCUCGGCUGCUCUGGGCUUGCAUCCGAAAAUCACUUUUCAAUGUAAAUUCACUCACUUUAGCGACUAUCUCUGCAUAGUGCAGUUUGAGGAAAAACUAUGCUUUUUUUUUUUUUUUAGUAAAGUUUUUUAGCUCAGUGUUUAGUGAGUAGGACCUUGUUUUACGCUGAGACCAGUAUUUGUGUAACGUGCUGCUCUCCUAAAACAAAUUAGUAAAACCUCACUCUGAGCUAUUCGAUGCUACAUUGUUUGAGUAGGAAAUGGAUCGUGAUCUAAAGCAAUCUGUUUCAGAUCCAGAUUUACAAGUAGAAUCCAGUCCCGGUUCUAUAACCACGAGGACAGCCGUUACGGUAAGGAAAUCCGCUUACUAAGUUUUAAUAGUUGGGGUUUUUGUCUCUCACUAUUUUAAAUUCUAUUUUAUACAAGCAAUGCAAUCCACAUGUGGACUGUGGUUUUGAAGAAGAAAAAAAAUCACCGUUAAUCACCAUUGUUUCUUCUAUGGCGUAACGUGUGUUCUGUUUGCAAGUGUCAAACUCUCCAUCCUGUCUGAUCUCCGCGCCCAGAAUCACAUCAGUAAAGAGGGUUUCCAGGAAUACCGUAAAAUGGAUGAUUGUGUAAAUUGUAUAUUAAACUGGAAGAAAGGACGUAGCUAUGUGUUAAGGCAAAUAUCCAGGGGCUCCAUUUAUUGGUGCUGGGCCCCGUCUGUGGUUGGGGGGAUAUUUAAUCUAUACCUACCAUCACGAUUCAACCACAGACUGGGAGUUUUAAAUAAAGGAGAGAGAAAUGUAAAUUCUUUUAGGUAAUCAGUUUGCCAAUCCAAAUACUAGCUGGGUUUUUGUCUUUUUGUGGGGGGGUGGGGGGGUUGGUGUGAAAUGCCUACUUAUAUGUGGGACAGACGGUAAUGAGCGUCAGCCUUUCGGCUCUGCCAAUCCUUUCUACAAACGAUUAGACUGAAAACCCCAGUAAAGUCAUUUUACAAUCUCUGUUGCAACAUUACAAAAUGUGAAUUUUCAGAAUCGGGGAUCUUUACCAGGGAGAUAAGAUGCCCCCAGUGUGAGCACAUCAGAGGAUCUGGUCUGUGCGAUUAAAACUCUGAUAAACGCCUCGAUUAAAUCUAAUUGUUCAUCCUUUUCAUAUAUAGGAAGAUACAGAAGUGAAAACUCAGCAGAACCAGUCAAUCCCCAACAAAGGUAAAAAAAAAAACUACUUCAGUUAAAGUUUGCAUCAUCCUGGGAUCAUUAAAUGGGGAAGGUCAUGUACCAAUAUAUGUAUUUUUUUUUUUUUUAAUGAGAACAUACCAUAAUCUGAUUUGGUUUAAAUCGGUGCAUCUGAAUCUAGUGUGAGCACAUGGUGCCUGGAUUUAUCGCUAUCGAGGGCCAAAUAUAUUGAAUAUAUACCGUUUACAUCUGCAUGGACAAACAUAUCUGGAAUAUUUAUUUUAUAUGUGGGACAUAUGUACUAUUAAUGUAUAAGAAGAAAACACGAAUUAUAACGAAUACAUUUACGGUCUUUUUUGGGGGGGAUUUAAUGUUAGUAAUUUACUGACCAAACCGUGAGUUACAUUUUAUAACUGUGCAAAUCUAUUUACAUGAUAAAAAUUCACGGUAAUGUGUACAUUCACAGCACGAUUUGAGAAGUGAUAUUUUGAGUUCACACUUUAAUUGGCUAUUGCAGGAGGGCAGUUAUAUAUAAUGUAUUUAGACAGUUUAAACACAAUUUCCCCACAUUAUGUUUGUCGUUUUUAUUGUGUGUGUGUUUCCCUUGUUGGCUCGUGCCCCUCACUCCGAGCUCGCACUGCCGUUUUGAAUCAUUUUUAUUCUUCUUUUUGUAGAAAUUCCUCCAGCUGAGUCUUUGACCGGUUCCCUAAACGCAACAUUGCAUGAAAAUCAGUAGGUUUUACUUAUCGAUUUAUUCAUUCUUUCUUUGUGUGCUGAUAGUUUGUUAAUUUGUAUUUAUUUUAUUUCAGCUGUUCAAACAGUGAGAAGGAGAUGGAGGUAAGGGAAUUUAUGUAAACCUUGUUCUGGAUAUCACAGAGCAUCUCUCCGUGUAUUUCUAGAUUAGAAUUUAAAGACGGAAAAAGGAAACUGUUAUCGAAACUAUAAUUAUACCUUUUAAUGAAAAUGUUGAUUUAACAAAACCUUCUCCAUUAACCAUAGAAUGGGUCAUUAAUUAUAGCCCUUUUUGUUUAACACAUUUCUGGAAAAGAAAUCUGCGGCUUUAAAUGAUUCCUGAUUUUGUUUGAUAUCUACAGAUGUGUACGCUGAAAAAUUUAGUUUUAGUUCAUCACAAUUUAAUUUUUCUCAUUUGUGGUUGUCUGAAAUGUGGACGGCAUUAUUGCAGUGGAGCAGAUUGCUCUAGUUUGGUGUCCUUAAAAAUAGUAAUGUGACAAGAAAAAGUAUAGAAAAUUAGGGAGCGAUCUACUCAACAUCUGACUCUCUGGCAGUGCAACAAUAAAAUACAAAGUAAAGUUUCUUUUUUUUUCUUUUUUUUUUCUUCCCAAGACGGAAUUCCUGCGUCUGUCGCUGGGGUUUAAAUGUGAUCUGUUCACACUGGAUAAACGGCUCCGUCUGGAAGAAAGGUCCCGGGAUCUAGCGGAGGAGAACCUGAAGAAGGAGAUUGCAAGCUGUGUAAAACUUCUGGAGGUAAGAUCGGGCACUGAAUAACUAAAAAUGCUGUUUUCCCAGAACCGGCGGUGCCGCCCUAGAACCUUUUACAAUGCGUCUGUUAGUGGCCUAGUACCCUAUCGCCACAGAACCUUGGAGAAAUCUUGGCCCUCUGUAUUUUGUUUGUUGGGAUCAUGUCCGAUCUCAUGAUUAAAUGAUUGUGGUUUCCACAAAUUUGAUUCCAUGCAAGUUUUACAGCAUAACAGGAUAUUUUCACAGGUAAAUGAUUACAUAAAAUGGAGAUAUUUAUGCAUUUAAUGGCUCCAGAUGAAGGCUUUUAUUUUAUGGGACAAUCUUCCCCUUGUUCUGCACCGGAGGGCAGCUGAGGUCACUGGGUUAUCGAAAGCUACGAAUAUAAUUGUUGUGUUGUAUAUACAGAGUGAAACCUUGCUUGUUUAACGUUUUAUUGUCUGAUCCUUUGUGUCCAUGGUUGAGCCUUUAAUGUUGAAUGCCUGUAAUCCAUCAUUAAUACUUCGGGUUCAGGGAGGAAAACAUGGUAUUUCAGUUCUGUGAAUUCUAUUUGAAAUAGACGUUGGACCCUUUAGUGAUCAGUAGAAGCAUGUAUGUACGUAGUGGGGAAUGUGGUGCGACUAAAAGAAAGACUACCCACUUAUCCCCCCAAUAAUGACAGACAAUGCAUAUUGGAUGAAACAGGCCACAGCAUUUAUUAAAACUUACAACUGUAGGACUCAUCCAAACUUUAUUCUUUUCCUUUAAUUCCAAUAUAAAUAAACACAUAAAUAUAUAUACAAACCAUAAUUAACAUAUAAAUUAACACUUAUUGCCCUACAGCCUCCAACUUAAAUAACCGUCCUUGCCAACAAACUUAACCAGGUGCCUAUGCACCAAAACUUUACCCACUGGUGUCUCGCCUCCCCCCACGUCCAAACCAAAAAUUCCCAUCAUCUUAAAUGCUCUACCACCAGCCGGCUCUUAGCUCGGUGGGCACGUCCUAUUCGGUAACUUACCUUACAGAGCAGGGGAGGGUGAGACCCACCAUGUCCAUCUCCUGACAUUCCAUCUGCUCCCCAACCCUGUUGGCAAGGACACGCUCCCCGCUAGCUGUGACGGAACAAAAACAGAAAAUUAGGGUGGGUGGGUGGGUGGGAAGUUGUUGGCCAGAAUCCCAAAAGGCACUGCCCCACUACGAACCCAUAACCACUCCCCUAAACACAUACAGCCACUCCCCUAAACACAGCCACUCCCAUAUACACAUACAGCCACGCCCCUAAAUACAUACAGCCACGCCCCUAAACGCAUAUAGCCAAUCACUAGCACCGUCCCCACACUCGUUACAUGUGCCCUUGUACGUUUAGCUGUGCUGACUCCCCAGGGCCUGGAUGUCCGAUCGAUUUUGUAUGUUUGGAUUAAUAAAAUGCUUUAUUUCAGGCAUUAACCCCAUUGUGUGAGGAAGAUAACCAGACGUAUGAAAUUGUGAAAAAGCUGGAGAAGAGCCUUCGGUUUCUGAGCCAGCACUCGGCCAGAGUGGCCAGCCGGGCCGAAAUGUUGGGGGCCAUUCAUCAAGUCAGUGGAUAACCUAAUCCGUUUACAAGGAGCAACUUGUGAACAAUCUGUCUUCGUUUGGCUUUUGUUUUUAAAACUUGGUGCUGUUUUUGUGAAGUUUAUGUUAAUUCCCUUACUUAAAGGACAACGGUCACAUCAACACAUUUUUAUUUUUUAUGUAAUUAUCCUUUCAUCAAAAUUUGAAAUGAAAUAGAUGCUUUGUUAAAUGAAGUUAUAUAAAAAAAACUCGUCCCUACCUGUGACAAACUAUUUUGCCUUCCUCAGAGCCAUUCUCCACCUCAAUUCAGGAAUCUGUUUAAACUUUGGUUCCCUUAUCCUCCUACCAUUUGAGAUUAUAAAAUACCGAACACAGACCACCCACCUUGCUCAUUAAUUUCAAAGAAACCGCAAGAAUUAAGUGCGCUCUCUGUGUGGCUGCUGUUCGUAUAACCGAACGCCACAUGGUGGAGAAAAUGGCCAUCUUGUCGCACGAAAUCAGGCAGCGGUACUUGGUCGUUGAGUGUCUGGAACUCCGAGGUGGACACUCAACUGUGCGAACACAGGUAAAACUAUGCGAACGCCUGCUUCUGUUCGUGGCAAGCCAGGAGAGCGCUGUUCAGUAGACUUGUUCUGAUGGACCUCACGAACAAACGCCAGGGGAAGCGUUCGCCUUAAAAAAAAAAGUACCUUUGGUCUUCCUGGUCACUCCCUGCACAGCGCAGUGACAUAAUCAGACCCGAGGUGGAUGUAAUGGCCGAAGGAUCCGGUCAUAUAAAAAUUACUUUUCUUUCACAAAUGCAUAGAUUCUUGAUGAAAGGAUCAUUAUAUUAACGAUAGUGUUUACGUGACGGUUUCACUUUAAAUCUGUUUCAAUUCUUUGCUGGCCCAAAUUCACAGAUCUCAAUACCACCAGUAGGGGGUUUGUAAGAAACAACCAUAGCUGGAAACGUAAUCUAAAAGCAGAACAUUAUAUGGAAAAUGAAAAGCAAUAUCAAUGAGUCGUGUUAUUUGCACUGUGACUCUUAUCAACACAGAAUAAAAUUGCACUUCUUUUAAUAGUGAAUAAAUAUACACGUGAUAACGUAACAACAAAUUUCACAAAAUGUAAAAGGACACAGAGUAUUUCUAACGUGUGGCCGGAUAAAGAAUUAUAAUGCUUCUGAUGUGUGAAUAUAUUGCUACUAGCGCCCAAUGACAAAAAGCACUAAAGGUUUUUGUUUUUCCUUGUGUCGUGUAGGAGAGCCGCGUCAGUAAAGCUGUUGACGUUAUGAUUCAACAUGUGGAGAAUCUGAAGCGCAUGUACACAAAAGAACACGCAGAACUGGAGGAACUGAAAGAACUUAUUCAACAAAAUGAGCUCCCUCGCCCGUCCACUGACAGAGGUGGGUCCAAGAGGCAGAGAAGGGGCGCAUUUAAUCAGAAAUUCCUGCAUUUUGCUCCCCUUAUGACACCUGCAGACUAAGAUUUUAAACCUCUUGGUCAUUAAAGGGACACUGCAGCUAUAAGGUUAUGGUGUAAGGAGGUCCCUUGUCUCCCUGCACACAGUGUAUUAUAACUGCAGCUAUAAGGUUAUGGUGUAAGGAGGUCCCCUGUCUCCCCGCACAGUGUAUUAUAACUGCAGCUAUAAGGUUAUGGUGUAAGGAGAUCCCCUGUCUCCCUGCACACAGUGUAUUAUAACUGCAGCUAUAAGGUUAUGGUGUAAGGAGGUCCCCCGUCUCCCCGCACACAGUGUAUUAUAACUGCAGCUAUAAGGUUAUGGUGUAAGGAGGUCCCCUGUCUCCCCGCACACAGUGCAUUAUAACUGCAGCUAUAAGGUUAUUGUGUCUCCCCAUACACAGUGUAUUAUAACUGCAGCUAUAAGGUUAUGGUGUAAGGAGGUCCCCUGUCUCCCCGCACACAGUGCAUUAUAACUGCAGCUAUAAGGUUAUGGUGUAAGGAGGUCCCCGUCUCCCCGCACACAGUGUAUUAUAACUGCAGCUAUAAGGUUAUGGUGUAAGGAGGUCCCCUGUCUCCCCGCACACAGUGUAUUAUAACUGCAGCUAUAAGGUUAUGGUGUAAGAAGGUCCCCUGUCUCCCCUUACACAGUGUAUUAUAACUGCAGCUAUAAGGUUAUGGUGUAAGGAGGUCCCCUGUCUCCCCUUACACUGUGCAUUAUAACUGCAGCUAUAAGGUUAUGGUGCAAGAAGGUCCCCUGUCUCCCCGCACACAGUGUAUUAUAACUGCAGCUAUAAGGUUAUGGUGUAAGGAGGUCCCCUGUCUCCCCGCACACAGUGCAUUAUAACUGCAGCUAUAAGGUUAUGGUGUAAGGAGGUCCCCUGUCUCCCCUUACUGUGUAUUAUAACUGCAGCUAUAAGGUUAUGGUGUAAGGGGGUCCCCUGUCUCCCCGCACACAGUGUAUUAUAACUGAAGCUAUAAGGUUAUGGUGUAAGGAGGUCCCCUGUCUGCCUCCACACCAUGUAUUAUAACUGCAGCUAUAAGGUUAUGGUGUAAGGAGGUCCCCUGUCUCCCCUUACACUGUGUAUUAUAACUGCAGCUAUAAGGUUAUGGUGUAAGGCGGUCUCUUAUACAAAUACAUGAGAUUACCGGUGAGUUACCUGAAUUCCAGCCGCACUUAUUGAAAUCCUCCUCCAAUCUGUGAUUUUUCUUUGAGAUGGAUAACGGAGCCUUCUGCUUAAUGUUGGAUUAGUCAGAAUGUCCUUGUAAAGGACGUGAUUUUAUUUUCUAGAUCUGAUUAGUGUUUGGACACAGUUUGUAGGUAAACUUUUGUAUGGUUUUAAUUUUUGUAAUGUUACUGAAAGUGAGUUAUUUGCAUGUAUGAAACUGAUUUCUUAAUCUUUCUCUUACAGAUGAAUUACACAAGCUGCCGACUUCAUUAAACACAAAGGUGAAUCUGUAAACUGUAUCACGGUAUGUUAUAAAUUCUUUAAUAAAAUAUGAGAAAAGGCCAGGUCGCAGCCAGCUCUGCAGAAACUGUCAAAUUCCUAUAUUUUACUUUAAAUCUGUAUCCGGUACUAUACCAGCCAACCAUUACCUGCUGCUCUUCAUACCGCAACUCACCAGGUAAUUGCGCACACUGUAGAUAGAUUUUAUUUUUUAAAUCUUAUAUAAAUUUUUUUUUCUCCUUUCAGCCGCCGGCUCGGAGGGUUAGUAUGCCAGCCUAUCCUAGGGGAAUGAUUUCUGGUUCUCCUGCUGUAAGUUUCCACCUCAAAUUCACUUCUAAACAGACCUUUUAUAAUCCAGGGAUUGCCCUGGGUUCCUUUUUAAAUUGUAAAUGAGUUCCCAUAAUGGCCGUUAAAGGCCCCAAAACCUGACUUCGGUAGUGGAGAUCAGUUUAACGCACCAAUUCACCAACCCAAUGGUCUGUAUAAACUGUGCUUCCCCAUAAUGUACGACCGAUGCAUGACGUGGUAUUAGUGUUUAUUGGGAGACUCUGCUCUAAUUUAUAACUUUUUAUAGGAUCUAUUUGGAACGGACAAGCUGGACGGGAAAAUCCACAAGCGAUCCAAUAGCUGGUAACGUGUUAGCUGGUUUUAUGUACCUGUAGUAUUUGUUUUGUAUUAACAAAUUGGUUUAAUUUGUGAUUUUCUCUAAUAGAUACUGACUGUAUGUGUAAACAUGUCGUAAAAAGUAACUGUACAUUGUCCAUAAUUUUCACAACAAAUAGCAAUAAUACAGAAAACCAGCAAUAAUUAGAGAAAAUUAUAGAAAAUGCAAUAUUAAUAAGCAUAUAAUAGAGAAAACAAUCUGGACCCCUCCCUCCUUCGCAUUUCUAGGUCAGGAUUUGCUGUUUAGAGGAAUGUUUCCUCAAUUUGUUACCCCAGAAAACGCUUUUAGAUUGGUAACUGUAAAACUUGCCAUCGCAGCGAUUCGGAGUCCAGGGACAUCCCAACAUUCUCACCCAGUAAUCUGCGUAAAGGUGCCGUACGAAUGUGUGUGAACUCUGGUGUUCCAGUUAUAUGGUGCUUGUAGUGUUCCGUGCAUACCUCACUAACAAAUAUAGUGCACUGUAGUGCUUAUGGUCCCAGGAGUUUUUUUUUGUUUUUGUUUUUUUUUUAAGCAUUUCAUUUUAAAUAUCUGAACGCUAUUAAUCGCAGUGCAUUUGUUCUAAAUCAGGAAGGUGGUCGGGACAAAGCAUGCGGAUAGCCGUCCAAUAUUGCAGCGAUUUGUUGCAAAUUAUACCCGGACAGAACCUGCGGAAGAGAAUUCCAUAAAAGAGUGAGUUUUGGUUGAAUUUAAUAUGAAAUGUAAUUUUGUUACAUUUGUGUCUAAUAUUUUGCUGUUCCUUGUCGCGCAGGGAUGAGCAGUGUACGGAGAUCGCAGAUGACAUUAAAGAUGAGAAAAGACUCUCUGUUUCCACUGAGAGUAAUCUUCCUCCCACUGAGACACAUUCUGUGUAAGAGUUUUAAUAUCUUUGAUCAGAUUUUAUAAUGGUCCCGCAACGAGCAUCAUGGGAGAUGUAGUGCACAACAUAUAGAGAGUCGGAGGUUGCCUACCCUGCUCUAGUUCUUAAAUUAGUUUAAAACUGGUUUGAGGUAAACAUUGCACCUAAACUAUUAACCUUAAUCUCUCUUUAUCUUGGAAGAAACUCACAGAAAUGGUAUAUUUCUAAACCUGGUUUAGCAAACUUAAAGGGACAGCAACAUAAUGUCUGAAAUAUCUGAGAAUUUUCAUUUGAAAUCCACGUUAAAACAUCAAUAGGGAAUCAUGGAAUUUGCAGGUCAAAGCUGUUACACGGUUACAGAGAGAGAACGACUGAAGUCCAUAUAACUUCAUAUAUCUGCUUUUCUGUUCAUUCCUAAAAUGUAAAAUCCAAUUUAAAGUGAUUUCCAAUUUUGCCACAGUCAUUCAUUUCUUACCUCUGUGAUAGAAGUCCCAUUUCUCCCCAUAUAUUAAGAUAUAUAGCGCGUGGACGCUGCGUGAUGCAGUAACAGGAAGUAUGAAAUACUCGAUCUGUCAGGUAUAAUGGGGAAUCCAGUGACUUCCUGUUACUAGAAUAGGCAUCUUCUGCAAUUCUAUUUUUAAGCCUUUCUACAUAUAUACCGUAUAUAUAUAAAUCUAAAAUGUGAACAUGCAUCCUGUAUCUUGUGUGGCUGCAGUUCUGAGAUAACACAACUGUAUAAGAACGUUGCUGUUUGAACAGUAGCGCAGGUAGCAUGCAGGUUGGGUACAUUGUUAAUAAAUAGAUAUACAUUGUAUGAUAUGGACCAUUUAAAGAAUUCGUGACGGUUCUAAUCAGUCUUAUUUGGUUUUGUAGUUUCACCCAGGCGAAACUGUGGGUUUCAACUUUGAAAAACUCUGUCUCUAAUAUCAACAAACCGAUGGUGAUUUCACUUCUGGCUGCCCUCUUGCUUGCUGUGAUGGUAAGCUUUCUCACCGGGCUCUCCUUCCAGCAACCAGUUGAUGGGGCACCGGUUGGCACUGGAGAUUCAUGGACUUCAAUCCAGCAGCUUUUUUGGCCUUAUACUGGCCUUCGCCACAAUGGCCAGCCCCCGGUAUGA